AUGACAUCACCAGUUAUUGCAGACCGAUCCAUCGACCUAUUACGUCAUCGUUACGGGAGCAUGCCAGCUAUCAAUGGCCGUCAUUCCUUGGAGUUCUCGUCACGCAGGGGAUACGAGAGGACACAGUCAUUGGACAGGAACGAUAAAGAAUAUGAGGGAACUGCUACGGAUAAUGGCUUCUCGAGAAGUGAGAAGUUGAGGGGUACUGGCUCGGGUUCACUUGGUAUGUAUAGGUAUAUUUAGAGUUAGUUUUGGUAAAUACUUGAUAAGACGUUAAAUUAUUACUUAUUUCUUUACAUCAGGUAUCUUACCCACAGGUCAGAGUAGUGACGCAUCAAGUGAAACCUCGUCCCUCUCAGAUCAUCACAGGUCCACCUUAAGCUCGGUCCAGUCUUCUUCUCUGGCCUCACUGAUGGAGGGAAGUUACGUGCCAGCUUCGUCAUUUACAGAUCUUGGUAGUGACCAUUGGGGAAGUAUGGCAUCACUUAGGGAUGCUGGUGGAUCUCAGCGCUCAGGGUAGGGAUUCGUCUAUUUUGUGCAUCGCGCUUGGCAGAAUUUAUUAAUUGUUGAACGCUUUUUGUUAUUAAUGAAAAUUUCGUGCGAUCAGAACCAAACUAAAUACACCCUUCAGGGGCUGGUUGUUCAAAGGUGGGUUAGCGCUAACCCUGGGUUAAAAUUUAACCUGCUGUUUUAGUUUAUGUAUUUCUGCACGUCUGUUUAUUUCAAAUCUUCAGAGAUGUACACUUCUAUCGAUCCAGACAAGAUCUCUGAAGAAAUAUUUUCAAAUUUACAGACAAGCUGUCGGGAAGUUUGCUUUGAAUUUUAGGUUAACCUAGGAUUAAGAUGACCUAGCUUUGAACAACCGGUCCCUGGAAAGUACUCAGUGAGCUCCAUAUAUAUAUAUAUAUAUAUAUAUAUAUAUCUGGAGUGAGAACUCGAGUCCAAAAACUGAAGCCAGUUUAGUGUUAACCGCACAGACAAAAACAAUAGCGACCUUAAGCAUGUAGGAUGGGAACGCGACGGCGACGGUAAACAAACUCGUUGAACCAAAUGAUUGCAGCAGAAAACCUGUCGUCUAUUAUCCAGCGUAUGAAAAUAAUACAGUUUAAGGAUCAAAAUGAACACAGGGUUUAUGACUGAGAAAAGUUCUAGGACCCGAUUUAAAAUAGCAGUUGUCCCAGCUUGAAAUGUAAGCGUUGUAUAUACAAGACGUGAUAAUCUGCAUUUCGCCGUUGUAAAACAGAGCUACGGCGACGUCUAAAACGUCUGUGGAUUUUAAUUGUCAAUUUCUGCUCAUUUUCUUGCAUUAAUAUGUUAUUAUUAGCUGUUUUCGUUGCACUUUCGUUCUGCUUUUUGAAGUUCUUAAUAACGGUAGUUAGUUAUAAUAAAAAACUGUAAAAUUUAAGGCGCUUUCUUGACACGUCCCCGCACUAGUUUAAGCUUUGCUUAAGUUCGCUAAUAGAAAGGGACUGGAACUGACGUCCAAUACUCCUUCAAUUUCCGCCAUCUUGGCAAGGGGUGUGUUGAAAUUUCGUAUUUCGUACAUCGAUUUAAAGAAUAACACUAUGAACUAAUAACUUGUUUAGCGACACGGUCCUAUUAAAACUGUUCACGACCUUCAGAGCUAUUGGACGUCAAUGGCCGCCAUUUUGGCUUCACUUUUCUCAUAGGCCGAAUGACUGAAGUUCAUGCUCCAGAUAUAUAUAGAGUGCUCAUUGAAAGUACUGUUAGCUGUGGCCACUGAACGUACAGAGUAUGGACACUUGUUUUCGUGUACGAGACAUUGGCAUAUAACCCUUUAUCACAUGUCACUUGUAACAAGAUAAAGGGCUGUAAACCAAUAGAGACCUUACGAUGUAGGACAGUAACGCAACGACAACGACCAGAUUAAAAUCAUUCAAAUAAACGAUUGUAAAGAAAGUUUGUAGACUAUUAUUGAUCAUAUCAAUCUAAUACUGUUUGGUUAGCCUGAAAUAGUGGCCGUUAUUGUCGAGAAAGUUCUACUGUAGUACUGAGCUAAUUUGCUGAGUAUCACUUCUCGCGUCUUGAAAUGGGGACGUUUUAUCCAAGACGUAAAAGUCUGUGGUUUCUUGUUGUAAACAGACCUUGGACGACGUCUUAAACUCCCGUGGGAUAUUAAUUAUUCAUUUUUUUCUUAAAUAUUAUCAAUCUCAUUGUAUGAAUAGCCGUUGUCGUCGCGUUACUGUCCCACAUCGUAAGGUCUCUAAUAUGUCAAUCGCGAAAACGAGACUAUAUAGCCAAGAAUGAGCAAUUUUCGGAAUGACGUAUUGAGUUGGACUAAAUUGAACAAAACUACUUUGUGUAGAGAAUGGCACCAUUCAUCCAUUGGCGACUUGAGAUCAAUGUCACAAUUGACCAAUCACGAUCGAGGAGGCGUGAGAAACGGGUUCGCAGAUACGAAACCGCAAUGGCCAAGCAAUGGAGGUCAGCGGAAAUACCGUUCAGAGCAGAACCUGGUAUCACCUGAUUCGACAGACGGCGGGAAAAAUGCGAAAAAGAUUCCUAAAGCGAAAUUGAGGGUAAUACAUGAUGUUAGCUGGUCGCAGGAUUUCUUUUGAACCUUUUUAAUUCAGUAUGUCAGCGGAAAAAAUUUUUGUCCGUUUGAAAUUUUCUAAGUUGAAAUUUUCUAUGUCAAACUUUGAGCUAUGCAGUCUGUGAGUCAGGGCAGGAAAAAAUCAUUUUCUUCCUAGGAGCACAACCUGGAGACAAAAAUUGCAUGGGCAUAAAAAUAUAGUGUUCUAGCUGACCAGGUUUUAAAUUCAAGGAAUAAUGUCUGUCAACCAUAUGUUGUUGCGUCCAUAGUGGGACAUGGCUGUUAAGGAUUCCUUCAAAUUAUCAAUAGCAAAUCUUCAUUCAAACGAAUUUCCUGCAGCUGUUUAACAUUUCCUGCAUUCGCCUGUUUUUUCCACCCGUGCUCUGAGUGUCCACUAGUUUGUCUUAUUAUUAUUAACCUUGAUUUAGAAAUUCUUCGGUCCUGAAUUUGUGCAAGUGUUACAAGAUCCUAAUCAAUCAUUGGUCAAUAUAACACCGGUGAGUGACGCCAUAAUUUCACACAAUAGUCCCGUAGAGCACAGUUCCAUUCUUGGCGGAUUGUGCUGUUGUCGGAUUAUAAUUUCAACUCAGUCGCAUAUAGGAAGAGUUCUCCAAGUUUGACUCCACCAAACACCACAGGUUUUCUCUCAGUACUCCUGCUUUCUAAGUAGGGACAGUGGACCAGUAAAGGGCAGAAUAUAACUGUUAGACUUAUCCAACAGUUUCCUCCUGUUGUAACACUUGGUCAGUAAGAUAUGAUCCUUACUGGACCUCUAGGAAGAACAGUUUAGAACUGAUAGAGCUAUUUAGUAUAAAUAAAAUUAGUUUAGUUUAGGUUUCCUCCUGUAGUAACACUGGAUUAAGAAGAGAUGAUUCUUACUGGACCUCUAGGAAGAACAGUUUAGAACUGAUAGAGCUAUUUAGUAUAAAUAAAAUUAGUUUAGUUCAGGUUUCCUCCUGUAGUAACACUGGAUCAAUAAGAGAUGGCCCUUACUGGACCUCUAGGAAGAACAGUUCAUAACUGAUAGAGCUAUCCAGUAUGAAUAAAGUUAGUUUAGUUUAGGUUUCCUCUUAUAGUAACACUGGAUCAAUAAGAGAUGAUUCUUACUGGACCUCUAGGAAGAACAGUUUAGAACUGAUAGAGCUACUUAGUAUAAAUAAAAUUAGUUUAGUUUAGGUGUCCUCCUGUGGUAGCACUGGAUCAAUUAGAGAUGAUCCUUACAAUACUAGACCGCUAGGAAGAACUAUUUAGAACUGAUAGAGCUAUCAUUUUAACUUUUAAGCAUUUGUUGUUUUGUUCACACGCAGAAAAAGAAAGCAGAGAAACAAGUUUCAGGACGUCGAAUGGUGACUGUGGUCAUGCUAAAUGAACAAAGACUGGAAGUGGCUGUUGAGGUUUGGAAACAAGUUAUUGCUUCAUGUAUAUGAGGCUUAUUUAAUAUGUGGCAUAUUUAUGACAUUUAUUCCGCCAUUUUUGUGUUCAUUACUUUUUAUUUAUAUUCACCAAUUGCAAUGCUAUGAACACAGGCAUUUUCUUUUCAUAGAGCUCAACAAAAGUGCAAGAGCUUUUCACUCAAAUCACAAAAUAUAUUGGCAUCACAGAAAAGAUCUAUUUUGGCCUCACCAGAAUUGAAGGUACCGCCCUUCGAUGGGAAGUUAUGAAUGAUAAACUAUUCCUGUGAUUUCUUGCACAAUGCUAACUGCAGGGGCAAGUUAACGCUGACAGUUGAUUUUCUUAUUUUAGAUGAGGAGCAUUUGUUUUUGGAUUUCGACACGAAACUUUCCAAGUAUGCGCCAGCAGGCUGGAAAGAACAAGUAUGUUUGUUGAGCUUGUUAUAUGAGAACUGUCAUUUCUAACCAUGAAUUUUAAAUUUUUUCAAUAUUUUUAAACUUAUUGGCCGCUCAACAGGUGCUACUCUUCAAAACUGAGGUGUGAACACACAUAUGGCUAUGGAAGCAAGAAUAUUAAACUAUCGCCCGUAUUCUAAAAGCUCACUCGCACUCACACUCAAUGAGUGGAAGUUCAAUGUGAGCUUCCCCCGAGUGCCAUUGCUGUUUUUGAAUAGCUGGAGGGCUGGUGUCAUACCUUACUAUGCGACUACUCACCCUCCAGCUAUUCAAAAACAGCAUUGACACUCAAGAGAAGCUCAGAUUGAACCUCCACUCAGUGAGUGUGAGUGAGCUUUUAGAAUACAGGCGUUUAUCUCCUAGUUCUGUUCAUUUCCCACCAGAGACAAGAGUAUACUACAUAUAAUGAAAAGAGUUUUUUUCUCACUCUGAUAACUGCAGGUUGACACCAUCUGCUGCACGAUAUAGUUCUUAAUGAAACCACAUAUUAUCUGCACUUUUAAUUUUCUUUUUAAAUUUUUUUUCAGUCGAAAAAGUUCACGGGAAAAUAUGUGCUGUAUUUCAGAGUGAAAUUUUAUGUGGAAAAUUUGGCUUUGUUUAGGUAAGUCGCGGAUAUAAAACUAGAUACAUUAAAACGGGCAUGUUUUUCACUGCUUCUGUAUUUGUUUGUAUCUGUAGACACGUAAAAAUCUCACAACUUGUCAACAAUUAAGAGUGUUGAAGCGCAACAGACUUGCAGCAAGCUUGUGAACAAGUUGUAACAAUGCUGUUGUUUUAUCAAGUUGCUACAAGUUGCGCUGUCGGGCAUGUUUCCGAAAUGUGACGUUCACGUUUUUCUUAUUUAGACAUCACGAGACCAGCCAUCAACUGUACCUGCAGUUACGUAGUGACGUCAUCAAUGAUCACGUGUACAGUGAUGUCGACCCAGUCCUAAAUCUGGCUUCACUCGCCCUGCAGGCCGAGUACGGAGAUUACAACAAGAAGCGGUUUGGUGAAAAUUAUUUUAAACCAAAACAUUAUUUACCACACCGUGUAAGUAGUUAGUUUUAUGUACACGUGGAUAAAUCUAUCAGUUCUAAACUGUUCUCCCCAGAGUUCCAGUAAGGAUACAUAAACUAAACUAAAUUUAUUUAUACUGGGUAGCUCUAUCAGUUCUAAACUGUUCUUCCUAGAGGUCCAGUAAGAGUCAUCCGUUAUUGUUCCAGUGUUACUACAGGAGGAAACCUAAACUAAACUAACUUUAUUUAUACUAGAUGACUCUAUCAGUUCUAAACUGUUCUUUCUAGAGGUCCAGUGAGGAUCAUCUCUUAUUGAUCCAGUGUUACUACCGGAGGAAACCUAAACUAAACUAACUUUAUUUAUACUGGAUAGCUCUAUCAGUUCUAAACUGUUCUUCCUAGAGGUCCAGUAAGGAUCAUCUCUUAUUGAUUCAGUGUUACUACAGGAGGAAACUUAAACUAAACUAACUUUAUUUAUACUGGAUGACUCUAUCAGUUCUAAACUGUUCCUCCUAGAGGUCCAGUAAGGAUCUUCUCUUGUUGAUCCAGUGUUACUACAGGAGGAAACCUAAACUAAACUAACUUUAUUCAUGCUGGAUAGAUUUGUCUCUAUCAAUUGCAGUAGUAACACCUGCUCAUCGCUAAAAAAAGGUUGUUUAGUUUAAAGUUCAAGAUCUAUUUACGUAUCUAAAAAAAGUUUUCUAAUUCUCAGAUUUUGGUGAAAUUGAGCGAAGACCACGUUUCCCAAAAACUCCGAGCUCUGCACAAAGUUCAAUGUGGCUUGAGUCAAGAGGAAGCUGAAGUGAAAUUUAUCAAAGAAUCACAAAAGUUAGCGGAAUAUGGCAUGCAUUUGCACAAAGCGCAAUGGGUAAGGAUUUUAUAAAAUAGCAUGUUUUUAUUAAAUAUUUCCAUAUGGUUAUUGGUGGGUUCCAGGACAGCAGAUGCUGGUCAAUUUUAGAGAUGUUGAGACUUACGGGAGACAGAAAAUUAAACUACAACUCUCAAUUUCAUUUACUUGGCCACUUGUACUCCAGACGAAGGGCCUUCGCACGAAACGUCGAAAUUCUCCUUAUAUGUUUCAGGUAGUGCAUUAUAAGAUCUGCAGUAUUGUGCUUAAGAGGAUCUAGAACAAUUAAGCAAGAAGUGAACUAUGACAUCGACAACAUUGAAAUACUUAACGAAAUCGGAAGUAUUGUUUAGACUUUUAGUGAUAACAAUGUAGUUUAACCAGUAGUUCAGGUCGUGUUUUUAUGAACAGAUAAACAAAAACAAUUUAUGUCGUGGACAAAUACUAACUCUUAAAGAAUUUUUUAUCCUUUUUAAUGUAGUAUACAACAACAUUAUUAAAUAAAGUUCUCCCUACCAACGAAAGCUUGUUCAUUUGAUUGGCACACUACCGACACUGACACAGCCAGUUUAAGAUUAUAUCACUACAUAUGCAAGGCUAUUCUAUAAAAUGAGAAGAAUUUAAUAUAAUUUUCUGCACGAUAGUACUUCGUGACACUCUUGUUGAACGAUACGGACAUAUGAUUCAUGUAUAAAAUAUUCUGAUUGUUUUAUUAUAGAGUAAAAAAGAAAAUCAAUUAAUCUAUAUUGGUGUUUGUGUACGUGGUGUUACAAUAUUUGAAGUAAGUCGAAACUAAACCAACUUUCUACUGAAUGCAUUUAGAUAAGACUGUUCUAGGUAAACGAAGCUGCACCACAGAAUAGAAACAAACAGAAGAUCGACUUCUUGGUUUUUCCUAUGAUUUUGGCGUUGACCGUAAUUCGUCAUCAAAAUGCUGACGCCAUGGUCCUAGCCAGUGUGCUUAUGAGAGGCAUUCACCCCUAGAGAUUAUAAAUAACACUAGAGGAGGCAUUGUAAUCUUAAUUCAGUAAAAAAAAGGGAACGCGACUAUUGGGAAUUCAAGUCCGGGAUGUGUAUUCGUGUUCCCAUUGGUGACGAGUUUCAAAUCAGCCAAUGAGAGUACGAUUUUAUAUCCGGGACUUGAAUUUGCCCCCCAUUAGCUGCGUUCCCAAUUUUUAAACUCGAUGCCUCCUCUCGUGUUAUUUAUAAUCUCUAUGCAUUCACCCCCCUGAUAAUAUUCAAAAUGGCGGACGUCCAGGGCGUGAAUGCCUCUCAUAAGCGCACUGACUAGGACCAUGGCGUCAGCAUUUUGAUGACGAAUCAUUGCAAAUCAUGGCGUGGCAGAGGUUACGCUUUUUUGGCUUAGUCGUUCAUCUGUGUGUCUUUAUUCUGUGGCUUCACUUUAGCAAUUCUAAGUUGUUCUUCCUUCAAUAACAGUCAUCGUAUGUUGGUCCAGUAGUACUGGAAACGUGUCGAGUUUUGCAGAGUCAAACUGAAAGCAUUCUUUUCACCUGUGACUGAGGUGAAAUUAUAAUCAGACAACAGCAUAUUGCAGGAAUAGACCUUUCCCCUUAUGAGUGAAAUUUUGAUCUAGACAAGCCUGGACAAAAAUUUCAUCACAGCUUGAAAGAGCAUCACAAAAUUAGUAAUAUUCCGAAGUUUCGUUGCGAAAUGUUGUAGAAUGCGGAUAAUACUUGCGAAGUUUGCCGUUUUUCAGUCAUUUUGUAUUACAAAUGGGAAAUUGAUAAUCAGUUUGAUCAUCUGAUCAAUCAAUUUCCCGUUUGUAAUGCAAAAUGACUGAAAAACGGCAAACUUCGCAAGGCUAUAUAUUAUCCGCAUUUUACAAUAUUUCGCAACGAAACUUGGGAAUAUUACUAAUUUUGUGAUGCUCUUUCAAGCUGUGAUGAAAUUUUUUUCCAGACUUGUUUAGAUCAAAAUUUCACUCAUAAGGGGAAAGGUCCAUUGAACCGUGGUCACAAAGAUGAAAGACGCAUGCACUAACCGCUUUGCAACAAACACCAUACAGACAAAUAUGUUCUUAGAUAUUUUGAAAUUAAAAUAAUUGAUUAAGAGGAGAUAUUUUUGUAUGUUACGUAACACGCGCUCAAAACUAAUGCGUAUAAUAUAUCACUUGAGGUUAUGACUAAAUUCAAAAUUUUUAUUUUUCGAUACGUUUCUCAAUUGGCAAACAAACUUAAAAAGUAUGUUUAGUGCUUUAUCUGUAAAAUAAUGCUAAAAUGAAGAGAUUUUAGAUGAUACGCCAAAGAGAAAAUGAUGUCUGAAGUUCAGUAAGUUUUGCUUAUAUGGCCGUAGAUAUGGCGUCAAUUUUAAAGCAUCGUUGACAAUUUUUAACUAUAUUUUAUGUUUCUAAACCGGCAGAUGCAUUUAAAAAGGUAGCUAACUCUAUAAACUAGAGAAGAAAGCUAAAACAAAGUAAUUUUGAGAGGAACGCCAAAACGAUUUUAGGUUUUGAACACUUUUCAUUGCGAAUACGUGACAUUGAAAAAAAUUGCCUCUUAACAAUAAAGUUUAAUUUUUUAUUAGCUUAAACAAAACAAGAGGAAACCGCUGGAGAGACACUCAUGGUCGGCAAUAAAAAAGCUAGCAUUUAAGGUAAUAGUAUAGCAAAAGUAUUUUUGUAAACAUUAGACCGUGAACUGUCCCUCCUUAUAGUAAACAUUAUAUGUACUUAAAUACAGCUAAAGUUGAAGGGGCUGUGAAUUUACUUCUGUGUAACCCAUCCUGCCAAUAUGUCUUGUGAAAGAAUCUUCAUUUCUGUUUUUCUUCUUUUAGAAAAAGAAAUUUUAUAUUGAGCCUCGCAAAGAAAGUGGAAGCAAACAGAAUAGACUCACGUUUCUUAGCUCAUCUUAUAAAAGGUAAACUAAACUAACUUUAUUCGUACUGGGUAGCUCUAUCAGUUCUAAACUGUUCUCCCUAGAGGUCUCGUAAGGAUCAUCUGUUAUUGAUCCAGUGUUACUACAGGAGGAAACCUAAACUAAACUAACCUUAUUUAUCUGGAUAGCUCUAUCAGUUCUAAACUGUUCUUCCUAGAGGUCCCGUAAGGAUCAUCUCUUAUUGAUCCAGUGUUACUACAGGAGGAACCAGUGUAGAGCCAUCCAGUAUAAAAAAUGAAUUUAAUUUAUUUUAUUUGUUUUAUCUUCUUUUGAAGGUCAAAGUAUUUGCUGUAUUUGUGUACGUCAUUUCAUCGUUUUCAAAUGAGAAUGAAAGUUCGUCUGUUGGCCAUGGAGGAGUCAUCUACAGGUUAGAUUAAAAAGCCUCCGUAUAUUCAGAGUUGUAGCCUUUCCUGUCGGGGGGAUGGCAGGGUACGAUCAUUCAAGAUUUCUAGUCGUACCUGACUGGUACGCCAAUGGUUGUUGCCGCGUACUUGCGCUAGAACAAACUCAAUGCUGAAUGUGUACUUAGUCAACGAGAUAGCAAACGGAGUUUUGCUAUUUGAAAAGGGAGUUUUGCUAUUUGAAAAGGGAGUUUUGUUAUUUGAAAAGGGAGUUUUGCUAUUUGAAAAAGGAGUGUUGCUACUUGAAAAGGGGUUUUGCUAUUUGAAAAGGGACUUUUGCUAUUUGAAAAGGGACUUUUGCUAUUUGAAAAGGGAGUUUUGCUAUUUGAAAAAGGAGUGUUGCUACUUGAAAAGGGGUUUUGCUAUUUGAAAAGGGAGUUUUGCUAUUUGAAAAGGGACUUUUGCUAUUUGAAAAGGAACUUUUGCUACUGAAAAGGGAGUUUGGCUACUUGAAAAGGGUGUUUUGCUAUUUAAAAAGGGUGUUUUGCUAUUUGAAAACGGAGUUUUGCUAUUUGAAAAUGGAGUUUUGCUAUUUGAAAACGGAGUUUUGCUCUUUGAAACGGGAGUUUUGCUAUUUGAAAAGGGAGUUUUACUAUUUGGAAAGGGAGUUUUGCUAUUUGAAAAGGGUGUUUUGCUAUUUCAAACAACCGACUCCAACGUUUCUUAGCGCCAUCAGUGCAAUCAUGUUUCAUGCCAAGACAUCUCAGACUCAUGAUAUAGCAACUAAAUUACGCUAUUGAAUACCUUGGACUUGGAAAGGUCAUGUGGUAUCAUCAAAAAAUAAAUACGCAGAUAGCAAGAGUUCCACGUACCUACGUGGUACGUGGCUGAAAACAAAGAAGUACCAGACAGUAAUAUUGGCGUACUUCCGGUACGUAAGUUUAGUGGAUCAAUGACCGUUAUGCGUUCUUUUAAAAAAAAUCCAUAUCUUCAACAGUUGCAGAAGAGAAAGAGCGAAGAUCCUUAGGGCCUGGUUACGAGUCAGGUAACUCAAGACCUCAUCUGAAUGGCGAUGGCGGGAAAUUUCUGAAUGGUAAUGAAGAUGACGUAGAUAGCAGCUUCGAGUCACGUGAGCCCAGCAGAGCUUCGUCAGCUAACGGAGAUAAUAUGAUUGGUCAGAAUAUGACUGCCAGCACUCCGGACGGAAGGGAGGCACUUCCUUAUGUAUUGAGUAAGAUUUUGCUUCUUUUGUGCAUAUUUAUUUCGGUAUUGUUGUAGUGGACUGGAACACAGGCUAGACUAUACUCGAAUGUCUUCAGUACGAUGCUUUUUGUCUCUAGUGCAUACAUUUUUCUAAUACAGACUUUCAUUUUUCUCUCGUAGAUUCAACGCCUCCUUCACCCUCGGGAAAUUCAGACAAAACUCCAUCUCCCAGAGGUAAUAUGUUUUGGAUUUUUGAACUGGAUAGCUCUAUCGAUAUCUUCCUUGAGGUCCAGUAAGGAUCAACUCUUAUUGAUCCAAUGUUACUACAGGAGGAAACUUGCACUAAACUGGAUACUUCUAUCAUCUACUUGCGAAUUAUUGGGUUUUUUUUUCAAUUUUAGCCAAUCAGAAAAAGACAGCUGAGAUCAUUAUGUCUCCUGAUCGAAAAGUCAAGGCAAUUAAAUUAAAGAAAGAUGCAAGAGGAGCAUUAGGUAUAAUAAUCAUUAUAAUGACAGAGCAUGUGGUUGACUUGGCAAGGAAUGGUAAAGCAAAUAGGCUAUCGAGUCGGUGAAAAUGGGCAAUUCGUUUUCCCCAUAUAUACUGUUCAAAUCCUCCUAUAUAAUGUAUGGUUCACUUGAUAUAUGCCAUGCAGUUUAGUUUAUUCGUUUCUCCUUCCGAAGACUUUUUUUGUUUGUUUAUUCGUUUUUUUCUCACAAUAUCAAAAACAAAUCCUGGGAACUUUAAAAAUUCUGGCACACCGCGGUCCAAUAAUGUUUUCCAGCCCUAGGUAACGUAUCUUAAACUGUUUAUACUCCAGGUCUUACUGUGGUGGGUGGUGAAGAUACUGCAAGACUUCAUUUUGGUAUUUUUAUCAAGAAAAUUUCCCCUGGCAGCGUUGCGCACGAAGACGGAAGAUUGCAACUUGGUGAGUUCUCUAUACGUGUUGUUAUUGAUGGCUUUCAGCAAACGUUAAGGCGUAGACAACGUAGGCACAGAAUAGAGACAUACAGAAGAUGGACUUCUUGGUUUCUCCCGGUUACACUUUUUUGGCUGAGUCGACCUUCUUUGUGUCUUUAUUCUGUGACGUAGAUGAGUUGUGUGUUUGAUAUAGACAGUACAACUCAAGUUGUAAGCAGGUUGCAUGCGACAGUUUGAGGCAAAAGUUUUGUAGUGUAGAUCUGCCUUUACAGGCUAGCAGUUGGUGGUCAACGUUUGGAAGUGUUGUUGGUAGCCGCAGGAGCGUGGAAAUAAAACUACAUCUCUUAAUUGUAUCAUUUGACUACUACAUAUAAUGUAAAGAAAUAACAGUCAGGUCUGCAAGUUCACUCUGAGGUCUGCAAGUUGACGUUCAUCUACGGCACGAUAGUGCUUUGUGAAACAUUAACAAGCUUAAGCUUUCGUUGGUAGAGAUGCAACUACCUGCAAAAAUGUGAGAAGAAUUUAGAAAUUCUCCUUAUAUUUUUCAGGUAGUUUAUCCCUACCAACGAAAGCUUGUUCAUGAUAUUGCCACUACCUACACUGACACAGACAGUUCAAGAUUAGACCUUCGUGAAACAUAUGUAUACAUUUCAGAACCAUUCUCAGAGAUACGAAAAACCAGUUUCAUAUUAUUCUGACACUGCAAUCGACCAACGAAAAAUUCGUUGGCUCGAGCGGGAUUUGAACUCGCAUCUUCGGGUAUCCAGACCGCCGCUCUGCCCAUUAAGCUAUCAAGUCAACGGGGAUUGGUAGCGAGUCUUAUCCAAUUUAAGUGCACGAAAUAUUUUCGUGACGACUUAACGCUUGUCUUAGAGGACGCGCAGUGUUUCAAUUCUAUUUUUAGAACCAUCCUCAGCGAUACGAAAAACCAGUUUCAUAUUAUUCUGACACUGCAAUCGACCAACGAAGAAUUCGUUGGCUCGAGCGGGAUUUAAAUAUGAUACAUUUCCAUUUUGUUUCUUUCUCCCUCCCUCCCUCCCUCAUCCCUAACUGUUUGAAUUUUCAAUUUUUCAUUCAGGCGACCGUAUUCUGGCUGUGAAUGGCAAAAGCUUGGAGUAUGUCAGUCAUGAUGAGGCAGUGCAGGCGUUGAAGAACACUCCAGUUAAUGUCGAGCUCUUGGUUUCACAGAGUACACGAACUGAUAGCGACAUAGGUAAGGAGGCCACUGGAUGAAUGGGGGUCCACCUCUCUCCCAUUUGUUACCAAGGUAACCAAGAUUUUAAAUUGGACUUCUUGCUUUGCAGACAUGUCAGUUUUGUACAGUCCUGCCGCUGACAAAACGCAACGCCCGUCUUCCGAGCGCGGUCAUCGAAUGUCUCCAUAUCUCCUCGAGGGUCAGACACUACCUGGAAAUAUGAACAGUAACCAUGGCGACGAUGACAUCAGUAUUACAAACGUCAGCAGGGACCUCGAAUCGGCUUACACCAAAGACAUGGUCAACCCGCAAGGAAAGAACAGCCCUCAAAUCUCGCGCCCGAUUUCAGGGAGUAGCUCGCCCUUGUCUUAUCCAAGUUCUCCGGAACAGGGCACCCGUAGAAGUCAUCAUGGUGGCGUCAAAUUGCCCGGGAUGACCGACGGUCGAGUUGAGAAUGUUAAACUCACAAGGUAAAGACACAGUUCUGCCAAGGCAAUGUACACGCCGAGUACCCCCAGCCCUGAGGCCUUGCCUUACUUACCCCCUCCCCAACACACACAUAUAUAAAUACAGUUGUGGUUAGCUCUGUGCUUUGAGGGUGUUCCGGUUUUAAGCCUGGUUUCCAUAUGGUCGUAACGGUCGUAAAGAUUGAGUAACGAUCUUUCUCAUCAGCCGAAAUACAACAUUUUAGAACUGAAAAUACGCGGAGUGAUUAUAACUAGAGAAUACUUAUGAUUUAAAUGUGGUUCACAGGUAUAAACUAUUAUAAACUGACCGUUGAGAAAGAUCGUGACUCUAGUUUUACGAGCAUUACGACCAUAGAAUCCAGGUCUUAGUUGUCGAGCAUAUGUUUGAUGAGUCUCGGCUGAAUAUACUCUUCCAGAGAGUAAGUUACCUUGGCUAUAGAACCUCGUUUUAAUGAUUCAGACGUUUGGGUUUAAUUACGUCACAUACACGAUCAAAGGCCGCUGGGACCGACUCACGGAUAAGAUCAAAUGAAAGUGACAGAAAGAAUUAGAGCAGUUUGCAGUUGUUUUUGUAAACCGGGCACCGUGCGAAUUUUGCCAUUUCACCCAUUUGUCGUGCUUCUUUUGCCAAAUCAAAAGAACGAACGCGUGCUCCAGCCCGAUUUCCGGUUCUGAAAGGCCCAAUUCGCAGGCAAACAGUGCGCGCAAAGCAGGCUGGUCAUUUGCCAUUGUUUAAUUGCUCCACACUCACCUCACACUUAAAGCUGGAGUUACACGAGCAACAAAAUUGCUGCAACUUGCAACAAAAUCUGAUUUCAACGCAUGUUAAGUAGAAAUGUCGACACGUUUGCCUUGUGAUUUGUAAUUUAUGUGUAAACAUUUUCAAUUAACAUGCGUUGAAAUCAGAUUUUGUUGCAAGUUGCAGCAAUUUUGUUGCUUGUGUAACUCGUAGGUGUAACUCCAGCUCAAGUAAGUCAAAAACGAAACUCUAUAACCAAAGUACUUUCUGAAUGGGCGUAUUGGGCAACCACACGCUGUGUGAAUGACAUUAAAUAAAUUUUAUAAUUUAAUUUUACUAUAAAUGUCUUACUUCUCAGAACAUCGGUAACAUCUCAAGUCAGCCAGGAAAGUCCCGGAUCAAUUGCGUCAUUCGGUGAAAAAGUGAAUCGUCAGAAUUCGUUACCAGACUCCGAGGUACAAUUCCACGACCGGAAGUCACCUGCCGGAAGCGCGCUUAAUGAAGAGAGAUUGGUUCAGAGUCGUUCAGAUUCAGAGAAUAAUGUAUCCGUGGGUAUUUCUGAACCGGAAGUAGAAAAGUGGAGUAGCGAGGACGGUCUCGAACAACUUCCGGUUGGGGUAGUUAUGGAUAGAGAAGAACGGCGAGUGUCUGGAGAGGAAAGAGUACCGGUAAGUUGGGUUCUUUUGAAAUCGUCCGGUGUCCGUGGUUAAUGCCUGAACUGCUGUUGAGUUGUCAAAUCUAUGGAAAUUGGCUGAAAAUUGUAUUAUUGCAAUGUUUGCUCCAACUUAAAUCGAAGUACUGUUAUGAUUCAGCCUCUAUCAAAACGGGGGUUCAUUCAUUUCAAGCUCGUUUGUGGGUUGGGGGGGGGGGGUAGGAUUGGAGAAAGGUGCAUAAUAGAGGGGUGAUUAUUAGAUUGAGCCAUUUGACCUGAAACGCGGCAAAUAAGGAAGACAUAAAGCCUUCCCCGCUUCGUAUACAAAUUGCCCAUUUCAAUGUUUAUUUACUGUCGAGUAAUGUGCUAUUUUGGUUUCAUUGUCAUUUUAAUCAUUUCAUGCUCGAAUAUCAACAAACUGAAAUCUCUCAAGAGUAUAAACAAAAAUUGAAAUGGCACAAGCCAAGGAGGUCUGUUAACAGGAUUUUCGAUACAAAUUAAUUGUAUUUCUUUUGUAUUUCUUCAAGAGUAAUUUUACAGUGGAGCUGGAUAAAGUGUCUGGCAGUCUGGGAUUGAACGUCACGGUAAGAUUGUCUUUUUAUUUCACUUUUUUUAUUUAAGUCGUAAUUUUUUUUUUGUUCUGCAACGGGGUGUGUCUCCUGGGGGAUAAGUGGGUGCAUGGCAUGAUUAUAAGGCCAGUUUCAUUCAUCAAAUUUUAUUAACAAUCUGGGUACGAAACAUUACUAAAAAUACCCAAUAUUACAUUACAUAAUAAAUCUUAAUUUCCUUACUGUAAAAUUACUUUUUUGUCCAUGUAGCCAAUGUACUAUUUCAAUUUUGGCUUCUGGUGUCGCAGCUAAACAACGCUUGCGGUAUAAUAAGCUACUGUUUUUUACAUAAAUAUAAUGUUGCCUGAAAUUUCGUGGCAGUACAGUAACGUUGCAGGCCCUGCAGGAUGUGAGCAAAACCCUGCAUACAUGUAUAUCUGUUUAGUUACUGGUAAAUACAAACGUUCAACUUCAUCAUUCUCUGAGUAACUAAGAAUGUGAUAUGGCUCUGUUCCAGAAAUUGGUACCUUGCGUACCAGAAUUUCUAUAUUUGAUGUGGCAUUGUUAUACGCCACUGCUCGCACUUUGUCCUCGACCUUUAUCGCUCGUUUUAACUUCCCCUCUUUCGUGUAAACGAGCACAUGGCUUUGUGUUUUCAUGAUUAUUUCAUUCUGAUCAGUGACACAUUGCAAGGAAAUGUAGUUUCCUGAACGAUAAUUUGAAUUUUCCUCAAGUGGCAAGUGAGAUUUUAAAAUACCGUUGCUGUCGCAGACAUAAAUAUGAUCCUCACAGAUCAUAAUAUCGCCAUCGUUGUUUACCACACAAUCAAUGUGUCCCUCUGUGUCAGCAGCUUUAAGGAAGACUAACACACGUUCGUAUUGCUUAUUUCCACUGGAGUCGAAAACGAAGAGAACAUACUUGCCUUCAGAACCAGUGCCGCCAUAUUCAAAGAGUAUAAUAACGAAAACAUUAUCGUGACGAUCAAUGGCCAACGCUUUUACUUUUUGCUUGUUACCUUCAACGUUUUCUGUCGCUUGUCGAAUAUGACAAAACGUUUUCAUGUCGCCUGAUCUAUUGAAAAUAUGUAUACGUAUACGCUUGUCAGACAGGCAUGAAUUUAGAAACUGCCCUUUACUAUUUAUACAGUGUUUGCCGCAAUAUAUUUCGUGUGCAUUGACUUGAUUUUCUGGCGGUGUAAAUUUUUCGUUGCCAAAAAUUUCCUUCACAAUCUCAAUGUCGAGACAUAGCGGGUUGAUAGUUUCUCCGGUAGACAGGUGUAUUCUGGGCCAGUUUCUGACGUUAGGUAACUCACCAGAAAACUUCGCAACAAAUUCUGAUAUAGCAAAGUUCAAAGAGAUUACAGAUUUCACGUUUUCUAAUCGUGAAUCUUUGUGGAAUCUUGACUUUAUCCCUCCUUUGAAAUAUGUGGAAAAUGUUUCCCCGAUUGCUGGCAGAUUAUGAAGCUCUUCCAAGAACAACAUGCAACAAGCGGCCGCUGCUUUUGUAUCUUGAAGACAUUCCAAAAUCUUCGAGGCGACACGUAGUUUUGUCGCCAUGAUUCUAUCCGGCAAACUCAAGGCUUUGUUACAGAAUGCUUCUGUUGCUUUGUCGAGUGCAGUUUUGAAACGUUCUUUUGCAGAAUCAAGUCGAGCACUUGAUGUGUUGUUUAGCUUUUGAAUGGCGUGUAAAAGUGCGAUGACUUCGUUCAGAACUCCAGACUCGCUUCCGUUUCUUAUGGUUGCUGCUGUUGUUUGACUUCCGUCAUUUUGGUCACCGUUUGUGUCGUCUUUACUUGUCUGUUCGUCUUUUACUUCACCGAGUGCUUCAUUGAGUGAAACUACACCCUCUUUUAGAAAGCAAUAACUUGCGAGUGAAUCUUUUCGCGAGAGUCCAGUGAGUUUUGUCUUGAUAUCGUUCAGGUCUUCGUUGAUGAAAUCUCGCAAUUUCUCAUCCGUGAUAUCGCCGUCCUCGAGCUUAUUAGCUGCUGUUGAACGAGCUUUAUUCAACACUAAACCCAAAACAGAGCUUAUAAUACUCGCAAUCACAGAUAACAUACUUGAAAGUAUAAUGCUUGUAGAACUGUAGAAACUGAGUAUUUAUGCCACUGAAGUUUAGAUUAUAUAGCCAAACGUUUGUACAAUUAUAGGUAUAAUGGUAAUCUUACUGGGUUUUCCCCUACUGAGUUUUUUCCAUGGAAAAUUAAGCUUGUUUUCGAAACGUUGACUGCAUUUCUGUAGCUGAGCUAACCUGCGAUCAGGCCUAUAAAUAGCUGAGCAAGCUAGUAAACACUCUGCAUGAUCCUGAGCUAAAUGCUGAGUUAAGUGCAUGUAUAUCGAUAAUAGCUGGAUUACUUCAUUGUUUUUGCUUGAAACAAUAAUGCUUUUAAAACACAUGUUAUUACUGAAUCUUAAAAAUGGCCCCGAAAACAACCUCAUACUUAAGACGUAUUUUACUCGGUCGAUAGCGAAAUAUUUGAUGGUGAGCAAAGGGCCUAGAACCCUGGGGUCGGUUGUUUAAAAGCUGGUUAGCUUAAUCCUAGGUUAACACAAAUUUCAUAGCAAUCUUCCCAACAGUCUGUUUAGAAACAUAAUUAAGGUAGUUUUCCACAAUUCAUGUCUGGAUCAAUAGAAUUUUUAUUUUAGAAGUUUUGAAAUAAACAAAAGUGCAAAUGCACCAAAAAAAACAGCGGGUUAAAUUUUAACGAAGGGUUAGCGCUAACCCAGCUGCGUAACUCGGCAAGCUAGCGAACACUCUGCAUGACCGUACACCCCACUGCGAACUAAACGCUGAGUUAAGCAUGUAUUAUAAUAGAUAAUAGCUGGAUUGUGUUUGCUUGAAAUAACUACCAUGUAAUGCUUUUAAAACAUAUUAUUGCUGAAUUACAACAGUCCCCCAAAAAACAACCUCAUACUUAGAGCCAUAUAGUAUCACUCGGUCGAUUGCGAAAAGUGAACUGAUGAUGAGCUCCUGGAUCUAGCUAGGUAAUUGUUCAUGACAUAAUGGUUUAUUAAAAUCUCACUCGUAUUUUCCCAGGACUGAACUACUUCCAAGCGAUUUCAUGCAUGGCUGUUUCUUAAACUUCAAAGCCAUUUCCUUUAAAAAGGAUAGCUUAUAAGAAGCUUUAAAUGGAUAUAAAUGAUUACUGUUAGUUAUAACUAUCAUUUUAUAAAACUCUUACGAACAGCUUAGAACUGACUUGAAUUCGUGCUGACAAAUCACAUUCUAAAUCUCCUGUUGAGGCCAUUAGUACCUGAACAGCAUGAUUACGUUGCAUUCAUAACAAAAGGGAAUCCAGUUGCUGCAUAUAAUAUUCUUCAUUUUUAUCCUUCAUUAUAUUGGAUAUAUUUCUGGGUCGUUUGAAAAAAAGCUAUCCUGUGUAGUGUAUAAACACCUGUUAAUUUUGUGCUACAAAACGCACAUCCAAGUAAAAUAUUAAGUUUCCAUGGUGCGACAGCGACGAAGUUAAAUGAUACUAUAGUAUACUAAUUAACAAUUAUUCGCCGAAGGCGAGGUGAUUAUCGGUGAAUAAAAACCGAGACGAAGUCGAGGUUUUUAUUCACGAUAAUCACCGAGCCUGAGGUGAAUAAUUGUUUUAGUAUAAUUUCAUAGGUGAUUAUUUGGAAAAAAAUAAAAAAUACACAUUUCUUUGUCAUUUAAUUGACAAAACGGCUUCGGCCGCCAUUUUGAAAAUCGCUUAGGUGAUUAUCGCGUAAUAAUCACCUCAACGGCAACCAAUCAGCGUGGAGAAUUUUCAAUAAUCACCUAUGUAAUUAUACUAACAAAAAUUAAAAGCUGUUUGUAUCAACUUAAACUGCACAUAAAAGAUACCUUAAUUCCAUGUUGAAAAUAGGUCCGAUAUAUAACCUGGCCGAUAUGGAACCCUACCACUUUGAGAAGCAAAGCAGUGUUUCUUCCCUUUACAAAGACUAAUCCGAGCAUAAUGUAAACUAUUCAAUACAGUGUAGACAAAGUCUGAACGUUUCGUAUUUUUUAGGGAGGCGUAAACACAAGCACCACAGAUGGAGGAAUAUUUGUCAAGUCACUGUACCCCAAUGGACCAGCUGAUCUGGAUGGAUGCAUUCAAGUUGGACAUAAAAUUCUUUCAGUAAAUGGCAUCAGUUUGCAAGGUGUCACACAUAAACAGGUAGGAUCCGCAACACACUGCGAUGUUUGAUAGAGUUGGGAGUUUUUUUUACAUGCGACUUGUAAAGUAUAACCAGACAGCCAAAUCUUGCAGACAUUGAACCUCGGUCAAAGAGGUGAAAGAAUAAGACCCAUCUCAUACUAAACCAACUUUUAGUAUACUACUAGAUUGCUUUAUUAGUUAUGAACAGUUCUUCAUAGAAAUCCAGUAAAGAGGAAACCAGAGUACCUAUACGGAAAACCUGCAGUGUUUGGUAGAGUCAAACAGGAAGUAAUAUUUCAAAUCCGACUAUGAGGACUGGACUAGAUUUCAAGUCCGCGCAAUUUGAUCAAAUCUGGGGCAAAGCUGAGGACUGGAUCAAAAUGCGAGGACUUGAAAUCUAGUCCAGUCCUCAUAGUCGGAUUUGAAAUAGUACAUCUCAUACGAAUAAAUAAAUCACUGCUUAAACGGAGAUGAAUUAAUUUUGAUCCAGUCCUAGGACUGAAUAAUUUUCUUCAUCAGGUAUCCAGUUUUAUCAUGUGAGCAAAAUAAAGCAAUAUGGUUGACUAAUUUACUCAUGAAUUAUUAAUGAUUUGAGAUACACUAUUUUCACAAGAGAUUGAGGUGAUAUUAAAGGAAAAAGUUAUUUCGCUGACCACAGAAUGACAUUUCGUCAAAACGUUUUUCUUCAAGAUUGGUUUAGAAACAAACUUGGAGUAGGGUUAGCUUAGGGUUAGAGUUAGCUUAGGGUUAGAGUUGGUGUUUGGAGUAGGGUUAAGUUAGGAUUAGAGUUGGUGUUUGGAAUAGCGUUAGUGUUAGUAAAAUCGUUGCUUUGUUACGUUUUGUCACUCUGAGGCCAGCGAAAUAACCUCUUCCGUGAAAUUAUGAGCAGACAACUGCAUAUGAUGUCACAGAAGUCCAUCCACUGGACCAUCACACCCAGCAAUGUUCAGCGUUAUCUUCGUCUUUUCUCUAGGCUGUUGAGACAAUCAAACGUGCCCCAGUGCACGCUGUUUUGGUGAUCGAAGGCUCCCCUGGAGAACCCGCUGACCAUACAGAUAAUGACUCACACGAUGAGGGAACUGUGUUCGAGGUGUUGUUGAUGAAAGGAAUCGGAGGUCUGGGAAUGAGUCUUGUCGGAGGAACUGAUUGCCGAGACGAAUAUGGAGGUAUACCUCUGAUCUCUGUUUUUUAAACUGAAUGGAAGGAGGCUUUGAAGGAUCCUUCAUAGGUUAAUUAUAUACUUUAAUUAAUUCAUAGGUUAAUUAUAUAGGUUUAUUAUUAAUUACAGACUAUACAGUUUAUAUAUAGAUCAGUGAUUUGACGGUUACUUCGUUUUUAGAUAAGCUCCGAAUAAAAGCGAUGUUCCCUGGUCAGCCAGCGGAGAACAGCGAGAAACUUCGUGUAGGCGACGUCAUUAUGGCUGCAAAUGGCGUACCUUUGGCGGGAAAAACCAGUCGUGACGCCAUCAACGUGUUGCGAGACCAGCCCACGCGUGUCGUGUUAACUGUCAAGCGUGAUCCGUCGUCCAUUCCUCCCAGUUUGCUGAGGCGCGGUAGCUUUAGCCAGAACUUCGACCCCAAUGAGGUCCUUUCGGCCAUUCACUCGAGACUCGACCGAGACGAUUCCCAUCAUUCCGCGCAUGAUAAUACGCCUGAGAACGAGGAAUCGUCCUCACGUGAGAUUCUCGAACCUCGUGAUGUUGACAUAAUGUCUCGGAAUGCUCACGUAAUGCCGCGUGAUGCUGACGAGCAAAAGAGUUCCAGUGCGAAAGGGAUUUUGCAGGAUAAACAUGAAUUACCUCAAGACACUGUUCGGACGUAUGAGGAUAAUUUUGGUCAUGAAGAUAGAUCUUUGGAUAAGGGUAGGACAAAAAUGGGUAGUGGACUGAAGAACGGGGAUAAUGGUAGAAUUUUGAAGGAUAAGAUUGGAUUAUCCCAAGACGAUUCUCAAAAAAAUUGGGGUAAUUAUGGCAAUGAGGAUACAUCACUGGAUAAUGGUAAGAUAAGCAGGAAUAACAGUGAACUAUUGGAGAAUGACUCAGGCUCACAAACCCCUACUAAACGUUUAUCGAACAACGGAAAUAUGACCUCGGAAAGUUAUCACCGGGGCUACGACCCUCGGACAGACACCGAAGAGAUGGUGGGACGUUCGCCAUUGGCAACUUCAGAUGAGAAAGAUAUCUUCCUAGAAUCUGAAUUCCAGGAGGGGCUCUCUUCCGAUAGUAUGUCCGACGAUCAAGUCAUCGAGGGUGGUGAUUUAAGUAGAAAGUUUAAAAGUAUGGCAGAUUCCACUCCUUUGGUGGAAGAAGAGAUUCCAUCUCCCCUGGAAAGUGUACUUGUUAACUCACAAACCGGAGGGGGUCUUCGUGAUGAAAGUGAAAUGAAGGGGAAGAGAAAGACGAGUGAUGUAAGGACGUUACCAAGUGAUAGACAAGAAAAGUUGGCUCCUCCAGAAGAGGUUUGUUUUAUUGAAAGAUUAAGACUGCUUUCUUUGAUCAUGACACUUCGAAGUAGCCUGAUAACAGACCUACGUUUCGCCCGCCCUAAAAUUCGCGGGUCGACGGAAAGGGUGAAUUUCAAAAUUUUCAAUUUAUUUCCAAACUUCAAGGGCCAGUUGUUCAAAGCUGGUUAACCUAAAAUUCGAAGCAAAAUUCCUGAAAGCGUGUCUAUAGAUUUCGAAAUAUUUCUUCAGAGAUCUUGUCAGGAUCGAUAGGAGUUUUCUUCUCUGACGUUUUGAGAGAAACAAACGUGCAGAAAUACACAAACUAAAACAGCAGGUUAAAUUUUAACCCAGGGUUAGCGCUCACCCACCUUUGAACAACCGGGCCAAGAGAAGAAAACUCCUAUCGAUCCAGACAAGAUCUCAGAAGAAAUAUUUCCAAAUUUAUAGACAAGCUGUCAGGAAGUUUGCUUUGAAUUUUAAAUUAACCUAGGGUUAAGCUAACCCAGCUUUGAACAACCGACCCCUGGAUAUUAUGUGUGUGUAUAACACUUUGUAUAUAGUAAAAUACUUAAACUGGGACUUUUGGGAAGCAGUGUGUUUCGUCGACUCUCGGCCGUCAGUGUUUUCCGUGGCUUUUCCCGGGAAUCAUUGUCAGUCUCUGGUGCACAAAACAUACUGUUUCCCUCGCUCUCGGUCAAGAAGUGUUCAAUACUAAAUUCUCUGUUUAACUUCAGGUUCUAGACAUUGUUCUUCAUAAAGGUUCCAGUGGACUGGGCUUUACCUUGGCAGGAGGGGCGGAUACCGUAGGGGGGUGUUUUGUCCGGGAAAUCAUCGGUGAUCCGGCAAGAUCUGACGGGAGACUGAGACCGAAAGAUCAGAUUGUUAUGGUUAGUAUAGUUUGCACUUUUCAAAUAAAACGCCUGCUGUGAAUGAAAGAAAUUUCAAUCUGUCAUUCAGUUCCUCUGAUCACUAAAUAUUAAUGUGAACAAGCUCUCGUUGGUAGAAAUGCAACUACCUGAAAACUAUAAGGAGAAUUUCGACGUUUCGAGCGAAGGCCCUAAUUCGUUUGGAGUUACUAGUCAAGUGCGACAUUCUCCUUAUAUUUUCAGGUAGUUGCAUCCCUAUCAACGAAAGCUUGUUAAGAGGCAAUUUUUUUCAAUGUCACGUAUUUGCAAUGAAAAGUGUUCAAAACCUAAAAUCUUUUUGGCGUUCCUCUCAAAAUUACUUUGUUUUAGCUUGAUUCUCUAGUUUAUAGAGUUAGCAACCUUUUUAAAUGCGUCUGCCGGUUUAGAAACAUAAAAUAAUAGUUAAAAAUUGUCAAUUAAAAUACAAUUAUUAAUGAUUCUUUAAAAUUGACGCCAUAUUUACAGCCAUAUAAGCAAAACUUACUGAACUUCAGGCAUCAUUUUCUCUUUGGCGUAUCAUCUAAAAUCUCUUCAUUUUAGUAUUAUUUUACAGAUAAAGCACUAAACAUACUUUUUAAGUUUGUUUGCCGAUUGAGAAACGUAUCGAAAAAUAAAAAUUUUGAAUUUAGUCAUAACCUCAAGUGGUAUAUUAUAUACGCAUUAGUUUUGAGCGCGUGUUACGUAACAUACAAAAAAUCUCCUCUUAAUACUUUUGACACUACCUACACUGGCAGAGACAGUUCAAGAUAAAUAUUAAUAUGUCAACAUCGAUAUUAUGAGAAAAUACACAAAACCGAGGCGGGCAGGCCUGGCCAAAUGCUCGAUCUUUACGUAGAUUCUGCCCGACUGUUUAAACACUGACUGUUUGUUUCCAAAUACAAGACUACGAUAUACAAUUAAAGAAUUAACAUUUUCUCACUCUGAUAACUGCAGGUUGAUCACCAUCUGCUGCACGAUAGUGCUUAGUGAAACCAAACCAUCGUUAAAGUUAGGUCCCCUCUCACUUUGCUCAGAUAGUAAUUGGGUAGCAUCAGGCUGAGCGAGAGAUUUCUAUUUUUCCAGGUGAAUGGACAAGACACUACGAACAAGAGACACAUGGAAGCGGUGAAUAUACUGAGAUCAACAAGAAACGAAGUACAUCUCGUGAUUCGUCGUAGACCUGAUAAGGUAGAAACUGUGUGUAGUUUGAAAUUUAAGUCUGGGGUCAGGAGUGGGAUUGGGAUACGAAUUAGCCGUCAGGUUCACUGAUAGAGUCGUCCAAUAUAAAUAAAGUUAAUUUAGUUUAGGUUUCCUCCUGUAGUAACACUGGAUCAAUAAGAGAUGAUCCUCACUGGACCUCUAGGGAGAACAGUUUAGAAUUGAUUGAGCUAUCCAGUAUGAAUAAAGUUAGUUUAGUUUAGGUUUCGUCCUGUAGUAACACUGGAUCAAUAAGAGAUGAUCCUUACUGGACCUCUAGGAAGAAAAGUUUAGAACUGAUAGAGCUAUCCAAUAUAAAUAAAGUUAGUUUAGUUUAGGUUUCCUCCUGUAGUAACACUGGAUCAAUAAGAGAUGAUCCUUACUGGACCUCUAGGAAGAAAAGUUUAGAACUGAUAGAGCUAUCCAAUAUAAAUAAAGUUAGUUUAGUUUAGGUUUCCUUCUGUAGUAACACUGGAUCAAUAAGAGACGACCCUUACUGGACCUCUACGAAGAACAGUUUAGAAUUGAUUGAGCUAAUACAGUAUAAAUAAAGUUAGUUAAAGGAUGACUCUUGCUGGAUCACUGAUAGAACGAUCUACUAGUUUGUUGAGUUUAAGAAUAAAUUGAAAUUAACAAAUUUUCCCUCACCUUGACCCUUGUUUAGGUGAAAAGUAAAACGAAAGAUGGUCUCAAUAUUAAAACAAUCUCAGUGAUCAGAACAACGCGUGGUGUGAUUGGUUUGACCUUGGCUGAGGAUAAGCAAGGUCAGAUCUAUGCAGCGGAAGUGAUACCUGACGAACCCGCGGCCAAAGAUGGAGGACUGAAGCAGGGCGACGUUAUAUUAGAGGUAUGACCACUGAUCUGAGUGUUAUAGUGGAUGGCGAAAAGUGGUUCACUGAUGAAGAAAAUCAUUGAAACAUUGUUAGAAGGGGAAAUCAUAUGUCUUCGAAUUCUCUUUUUCUUUUUAAAAUGUUUUCAAGCUUUUAAAAUAUCAGAUAACUACAUUAUUUUAACGUAUGAUGCAUCUCAACUGUUAAAUUCCUACCAUAAUAUGUUACAGCUUUGCUUUUAGUUAAAUCGGUAGUAAAUCUAGUUUUAUAUUAAGGUCAGUGUAUUUCUUGUUUCGCUAAAUUAAUUUCCCUUUCUUAGAUUAACGGGGAAAGAGUGGACGGCAAUGAUCUCAAGUUUGCUGUGGAAUGUCUGGAACGCGCUCGACCAGUGGUGACUUUAGUCAUCAAACAAUUUCGUAGUGAAACUGAAUCAAAAUACGUUCUAUGUUCCCCUACGGAAUCUGAUCAUGAAGUACCCACGGACACAUCGCGGGCUCAUGGUUAUAAAAUGACUGUGGUCCCAACACAGAAGAAUCUUACCCAGGGUAAAAAUUCGUAUAACCCUGACUUUUUGCCUUCUGAUGAAACAUCACCAGAGAAUUUACCAUCUGGGGUUUUGUACCCGGAAUUUCAACCUACCCCGGAACUCCGAAUCCCCGGCAUUUUGUCCUCUGAAAAUCUACCAAAAGAAUCACCGUAUGAAAUGUCGACGGAACCGGAUGGCUCGCAUGAACCUGCGCAGGAAAACUAUAAUGGGAAACAUAGCAUGGAAACGUUGUCAGCGGAUGAUAGUUAUAGUGAGGAAAAAUUGACGUCAUCUGAUUUUAGAGAAAGGGACGCUGACGCGACACUAGGGCCUGAGAACGAGGAAUACCCAUCUGAUGACGAUGACCUGCUUUUGAAGGUUGGUUAUGACUAAACUACUACUAGUUAGUUUUUAUACUGGAUGGCUUUAUAAGUUAUAAACUACUCUCUUUGGAGGUCCAGUAAGAGUCAUGCCCAGUGUUACUACAGGAGCAAAUUUGAGCAUUUUUAGUUAAUAUUUUAAUAACUUGCGAUAUCAACAAAGUUCUUUCUUAUUUUAGGAGGAAGUCAUUAUCACAUCUCUUGAAAAGGGGCCUCGAGGACUGGGCUUUAGUUUAUUCUCUGGUCAAACUGUUCAUGAUGUAAGUUAACUUAGCGAGCAGGAUGAGAACCUGAUCUGCCUCCUUUGUUCACUAACUUAUAUUAAUUUAUUUCUGCCAAUUUUCACAGACUUCAGGAUUAUUUAUCCGCAGUAUUCAACCGAACAGUAUUGUUGCAGAAGAUGGCAAGAUUAAAGUUGGAGAUCAGUUGAUGAAGGUAGCUUAAGGCCAGCUAAGCCUCCUUUAGUUUCUACUGGAUAGCUCUAUCAGUUCUAAACUGUUCUCCCUAGAGGUCCAGUAAGAAUGAUCUCUUAUUGAUCCAGUGUUACUACAGGAUGAAACCUAAACUAAUUUAAGUUUAUUUAUACUGAAUAGUUCUAUCAGUUCUAAACUGUUUUUCUUAGAGGUUCAGUAAGGAUCAUCUCUUAUUGAUCCAGUGUUACUACAGGAGGAAACCUAAACUAAACUCAAAAUUUUAUUUAUACUGGAUAGCUCUAUCAGUUCUAAACUGUUCUCCCUAGAGGUCCAGUAAGGAGCAUUUCGUACGCGACAACAUAGGCGAGUUUUGUGCUUGAUUUACAGUGCAACUGAAGUGGGCAAACGUUGUGUAGUGUAAAUUGGCCUUUAUGCAUUAAUUUACUUCCUUAUUACUUCACUAAAUGUUGUGUAUUAAUCGUUAAAGGUAAACAGCGAAGACGUGGAGAGACUGGAUCACAGUCAAGUCAUUACUUUGCUACGAAGUCUGUCCGGGAAUAUCAAACUGGAAUUACUAAGGUAUAUUUGUGCUACAGUAUUUUCCAGAGUGAACAAACGUAGACAUUUGCGGAGACGUCAGAAUUUGAAGAUGUUUCUGCUACAUUAGAAAACAUUACAGAAGGUAUAUCUUUUUUAACUGAUUUUACAGGAUCCAGGAUGGCGACGAUGAUGACGAACUUUCUACGUCAUUAUCAAGGCAACCUGACGUCAACAACCUCAUACGUGAUACUGGUCAAGGAGACGGUCUUGAUACCUCGAUAUCACCUGUUACGGUAUGUUGUGAAAAUUAACCUUGUGUAAGAAACACGAGAUGUACAAUGGAGAAUCGUUUAGAACUGAUAAAGCUAUCCAGUAUAAAUAAAGUUAGUUUAGUUUAGGUUUCCUCCUGUAGCAACACUGGAUCAAUAAGAGAUGAUCCUUACUGGACCUCUAGGAAGAACAUGUUAGAACUGAUAGAGCAAUCCUGUAUAAAUAAAGUUAGUUUAGUUCAGGUCUCCUCCUGUAGUAACACUGGAUCAAUAAGAGAUGAUCCUUACUGGACCUCUAGGAAGAACAGUUUAGAACUGAUAGAGCUAUCCAGUAUGAUAAAAUGAAGAGAUAAAGAUUGUUUAAUUGUUUUGAUUGAACUUGUCAAAUUAUUCUUUACAGACGCCAGAUUUCUCAGAGGACGUGGGUAUAGUUCUCAAUGCUUUACAUACGAAGCAGGAGCUUCCUCUGUCGGAUAGCCAAGAAUCGUUACCAAGCCCCACGGAGGAAAGGCCCCGCGAGCCGUUACAACAGCCCGGUGUUGUAGAAAACCCGGACGAUCAGUCUAUGGACACUGAUGAGGAGAAAUUUGAGUCUUGGCCGCAGCCACCUACAUCUGUGCAGUUGCAGUCUGAUGAUGUUUUGAACGCAGCAGACAAUGGGUAGGCGCUUCAUAAAGCCGUUGGUUAAGGCCCAUUUCCAUUCAGGAACAUUUUCCCCAGAAAGAAAAUUUUGUAAAAUGUGAUCGGCCGUCACAAGUUGAAAAUUUUCUGUCCGUGGAAAUUUCUGUUGAAUGGAAGUGAGAUCCUUUGCAAUGUUUUAAAAUACCUCAAAUCAUAUUAAUAUGCUUAGCUGACGUUUUCUCAACAUACUUUUUAGUGUUCAGGUCUCCGAGUUCCCGCUGAGUCUCCGAGUUCCCCUGUGUCUCCGAGUCCCCCCGGGUCUCCGAAUCCCCCUGGGUCUCCGAGUUCUUCCCCAUAAGUAUACUGUUUUCCGGUAUAUAUAUGAUCAUGAUAAAUACACCGUUUUCUUCCCUGGUGUCCCCCAAUGCCUCUCAAUGUCUCACUUUACCCCUCACCUUUUUUUAGAACUUGGAAUCCUAUGGAAUACAUUGAUGAGAAUCCAGUAGCUACCAGCGAAGAUGAUACAACGAGCAUCACGUUUAGCGAGGAUGGAUUUCUGGAGGAAUUGGAAGAUUUGCAGUAUACACCAAGUCCUGAAUCUGAUCGCGUCAGAUCCGGUGGGUUCAAUAUUUAAUAUUAAGACCCAUUUUCAAAAUUAUGCGACCUCCCUGAAAAAUACUCUUACUUCAAAUGUCAGUUUUAUGUCACAAAAACUGCUAAAAAUAGCAAACGUAAACAAACAAUAAAAAAAAAAAAAAAAUUAAACCGUAUUUAAUACCAAAACUGGACAAAAAUGAGUUAGAUAACUUAGAUAUACAAACUAAAGCACAAUACAAACCAUCACAACAGAAAUAUGUGCCGUGAAUAACUUUUAAAGUUUGAAAAAUAACAAUUUAUCCUGGAAUUUAGCUGUCAGUAUAAAACACGCGCGCUAGACUAUAACGGUGAUGUUAUGAUUUUGUUUGUGCUUAAAUUUUGCAAUAAUUCUCACUAAAAUAUCUUGUAAAUCAUUGUAAGCAUGUUUAUAUAAAGCAUACAAAGCAUAUACAUCGACAAGGAACCGCAAAACUCAAAGUUUAAACUUCGUGACCGAAUGACAUAAAACUGACAUGUCAACUCUAGCAUUUUCGUCCUUGGUCGUGUAAUUUUGAAAACGGGUGUAAGGACCAUUUUGCAAUAAAAAUUAGGAAACCCAGUUAUUUAAUUUUUUGGCCUGACCAAUCAGAUUUAUUUAAUCUACCCGAUUAAUUGCGUGUUAAGCCAGUAGGAGAUAGUGGUUACUCUCAUAACCGCCUUGUUGUAUUCUAACAAGGUGUUAUUCUUUUUCCCACUUAGGCAAUAUUUCCGAAAGAUCACGAAUCCCUGUCAAAGCGGGCAGUACUUUAUCAAACAGUAUUUCUCCUCGAAUUUCAGAGCAAAUGCAUGACCCAAAAUCUCCGACUUCGUCAAAACAAGAAAAUAUUGAAAUGUCUGUAUUGGGAAGGGACAAAAAGAUCGAACAUCCAAGGGUAUCAACGGAUGAUGCGAGGAUAUCAAUGGAUGAUACAAUGGCUGAGACAAAUAUGAGUCUUCCUGAGGGAUCUGUAUCCCCUCUAAUCCCCGAGUCAUUCCUCAAUGCAUCCCUAGCUGCGCCCUCAUCACAAGCAACAUCCCCCGAAGUACCCCCUCCUUUGCCCACUACCCCACUACCUUCAGAUGAAGAUCUCGGUGAUAAUACGGGACAAAAGGUGACCCCCAGAGAUCCUAUGACAAUGAGGGAGCGAUUUGCAGAAGUUGUAAAACAGGAGAACAAAGGACGUUUUGAUUUUCCAUUGAGACCGAAGUCACCUUUAAUCACUCGAAGGUAUGUAUGUCAAUUUUCAAUUCAGCUGAAGUGUUUUGUACUUUUGCUUACAUCUCUAGAGGUCCAGUAAGGAUCAUCUCUUAUUGAUCCAGUGUUACUACAGGAGGGAACCUAAACUAAACUAACAUUAUUUAUACUGGAUAGCUCUAUCAGUUCUAAACUGUUCGCUCUAGAGGUUCAGUAGGGAUCAUCUCUUAUUGAUCCAGUGUUACUACAGGAGGAAAACUAAACUAAAUAAUGGAUAGCGAAGAUAUAAUUAAAAUUUUGUUUGUCAUUGCUAUAGGUCGAAGUCUGUUGAGCUGUCUGGACCGUUGCUGGAGAUCCUGGGGACGAGUUCUUUUUACUCUGGGCAACGUUUACAAAAUAUUAUUGAGAAAUUACAGAAUGCUAUUUCGUCUGGGAAAGCUACAGGCGAGUUUCAGGUAAAUUAUCAAACUGUUGGUUAUUGCAGUCGUCUACCUUGAUGGAGAUAUCCUCGCGAGCCAGAGUCCCUUCAGAUUAACUUGUCAAUACUUCACAGAGAAGGAAGGAAAGAGAAUAUAUGUAUGAAACUGUCUUGUGUAUUUUGCAGGCAUUGCGUGAAAUGACACCUGUGGACAACUGUCCCAGUGGUAAAAGAGCUUUGAACAAAGAAAAGAAUCGUUACAGGAACGUCUUGCCGUGUAAGUUGUUUCACAUGCGACUUGUAUCCAGUGAGCUCCAUAUAUAUCUGGAGUGAAAACUCGGGUCCAAAAAGUGAAUCCAAGAUGGCGGAAAUUGAAGGAAAUUGACGUCAGUUCCAGUCCCUUUCUAUGUUGUUUUUGUUUGCGCGGCUGGCAAGGAGUGUUUCGAAAUUUGGUAUUUUGACAUCAAUUUAAAGAAUAACACUAUGGUUUUAUGAAUUGAUAACUUGUUUAGCGAUACAAUUCGUUAGAAAAACUAGAUUUCGCUGGAAAAAAUGUUAUUAAAACUGUUUACGAUCUUCAGAGCUAUUAGAUGUCAACGGCUGCCGUCUUGGCUUCACUUUUAGGCACCUUAAGCAAACAGGACGACGACGGCUAUUCACACAAUGAUAUUCCUGAUCUCGUACAAAAGAAAUGAAAAUUAAAAGCCCCACGGGAGUUAGAGACGUUGUUGUUAGGGCUUUUUACAACGACGAACCAGAGAUUUUCACGUCUCGUGUACAACGCAAACAUGUCAAGAUGCGACAAGUGAAACUAUAAAUUUGCUCGGCAGAAGCGUUUUCAACCACAAAGCCUUUGUUUUAAUCUCUUCAAAUUGAACUCAAUUCAUAUAUACAUGCAGUGGAUAAUACAUAACAACACUUCUUCGCAAUAAUUUAUUUGAAGAAGUUUGUUUUGCCGUCGUAGAUGCUUAAGGUCCCUUUUCUCAUAGGCCGAAUGACUGAAGUUCUUGCUCCAGAUAUAUAUAGAAGAGAUAUAUAUAUAUAUAUAUAUAUAUAUAUAUAUAUAUAUAUAUAUAUAUAUAUAUAUAUAUAUAUAUAUAUAUAUAUAUAUAUAUAUAUAUAUAUAUAUAUAUAUAUAUAUAUAUAUAUAUAUAUAUAUAUAUGCUGGAUAUAGUUCUAUAAUUCCUAAAGUUCAUAAAGAUUCAGUAACGGUCAUAAUAUCUUGUUGGACCAGUUUCACAAUUGGAGCAAACUAAAGUACCGGCAGAAAACCUGUGGUAUUGGUCGGAGUUAAAAGACUGUAUCAUAAAGUUAUCAUAGAGUAGUGCGAUUGUCACAAUUUAAUGUAUUAUUUUCAUAAAUAUAUUUUAUAGCUACAAGAUCUUCGUAGACUCUAAACUUGAAGGCCAGCAAGUCAUUUCAGGCGCAGUGCCUUCAGAUCGUUCGGCAAGAACCGUAUACAUCGGCAAUAUACCAGGUCUUCAACCAGCGACUUUCUUUAAUGGCUACAUGAAAGAAAUGCGUUACUAUCGCUCCGCGUAUUACAUUCAGUUUGCUGCCAAGGGUAAGGAAAUAUUCAGUUUGGAGAUCUACAUAAUCAUUUAUAGGACCUGUAUGCAGUCCUUCGUGCUCUUUAAACAUGCACGAUCAUAAUCUCGCACUUUUAGGUUUAUCAGUGAAUUAAUUUAAUUAAUCAAAGUGUUAGUUAAGAGCAGGGCCGAAACUUCGGUAUUGUUUUGCCCGACAAAUUGAGCUUGUUUUGCCCGACAAAAAGGGCGUGGUCGACGUCGUGCCCAACGGACAUUUUAGUCACUAAAAAAUUUUUUCCGCACAAUAACCUAUCCCCCAAUCCCCCCGUCGACAACUUUUUAGGGGGGGGGGAAUUUUCCGGACGAGUAUACGCUUUAAUUGCUUUCGUGACACUUUCUCCAAAUUUUUCCAUACCAAAUUUCGGUACUUUGCCCCAAAACACAAAUAUUUCGCCCCAAAAAAUAACUGGGGCCCCACAAAAAUGGGGCUAAUUUGUAAAAUAUCUCAGUAAUAAAUUUAUCAAAAUUUCCCCUACUACUAUUACAUGAGAAUAAUACAUGGGUGCUUGGAAAUACCAGAUUUAUUUUGAGUGUUGAACAUGAUAUCUCACGAGUGAGCGCCUGAUAUCUCACGACUCUGUUUAUUAUAUAAAGAACAGUCUUUGAAAAGCGAUAAUUGAAAAGCGAUAAUUUUCACAUGUGAGAUUAUCAUAAAUAAUCUCACAUGUGAGAUUAUCACUUUUAUCAGUGCUCGAAAUCUCUAUAAAGCACUAUACUUUAUAUAAUAAUCAGUUUAAAUAAAUUAUAUAUGUAAAAUUGUUUGCUCAAUUACUUAUUUUUGGCCCGACGAAACUACAAUAUUACAAUAUUGGGGGGUGGGGUGUCCCAUACCCCCAAACCCCUCUGUAGUUACGGCCUGGUUAAGAGAUCUCACUGAGCAAUCAACUGUGUAUCCUAAAUACUUGCAAAUUAUUCAUGGUGAACCGUUAAAAAAUCUGCUCAAGUCCAAUAGAAUGGAAAAUUCUAACUUUAGAAUAAUUCUAACUUAAUUCUAACUAUAUAAAUUUUAGUAUUGUACGAAUGAAAACAUUAUUUGUAUAAGGUAGACUUUUUCAGAGUUGCGCAGAUUUUUUAACGGUUUACCAUGGGUAAUUUGCAAGUAUUUAGGAUACACAGUUGAUUACUUGGUGAGAUCUUGACUAACACUCUGAACAUAAGACUCCAAAAUACUGAAGAUAGAUCAAUUUUAUCGAAUUUUUAAGUGAAUUAAAUACAAAACAAAUACAUACUUUGUUCAAAUAUUCUUAACAUUCAACAAAAAUGUGCCAACUAACGUUUUAGUGAAGAAUUAAUAUGAUAAUGGCGGAAAUUUAUCGUAAAAAUUAUUGUAAAAAAUUAUCGUAAAAAUAUUGUAUUUUUACACCCGCUAUUUUGCUACGCACGAGUUAUGUUAACUGAAUUUAAUUCCAUCGGUCUCAGUAUAAUAAUUAUAGUUAAAUGAGGUACGAUUAUGAUGCGAAUAGGAUUUUGAAUGAUUGAAUUUAAUUAAACCCUACCGCUGAAUAGUACAAGUACUACUUUUGUACUAUAUUGCACGAUAGUAAAAUGGUAAUAUUAAUUCCAUGUCAUGUGAUCAUAAUCUGCCAAUUAAAUGACCAGAAUUUAAUGAGGCGUUAUAUGAUGUUUUCUCUGUAGGUGGUAUAUUGGGUGAGAUAGCUCGUACGCAAACUCCUGUGACUCCACCAACAGUGACUAUUGUUCAGCCACCAGUCCUACCUGUUGUUCCUGCUCCACCAAGUAAGAUUAAAGUUGUUCUAGUAACUAACGAGUACUAAUGUGGCUAACCGUAAAGCCAAGUGCCCGCAAUAACCUCCUCGUCUUCUCUUCCACAUAAGCAUUCCUUUUAGGUGUCUAUAAUAAAUCCCACAAAACAAGAACAAACACGUGUCUGUAAUAUUUCAAAAACGAUUUUCAUUAGUUACAAUGAAACAAAUAAGUAUGGAGGGAUAACAACAGCGGGAAAACAAAUUCCCAUUUUUAUAACUGCUAAAAAAACAAAAUAAAUAUCACCCACUCGAAUCGACUUGACCUUAGAGUUCGGUUGGUAGAGGAUUGGACUAGCAAACCAAAGGCUGCGGGUUCGAUUCUCACCGAGGUCAAGCAAACUUUUCAGUGUGGACACACUCAGAGACAACAUUACAAACGUAUAUCUUCAUCUGAGUGCACAACAUCAGAAUCAUGUAGCCUAAUGCUUUCGAAUAAAUAUAAAUACAAUACAUAAAAAUAUCAUCUAAGUAUUAAAUAAUAAGCUAAGCUUUUUUUAAAUGGAUAAGCUGGUGAAUUCACAGCAUGAGAAGGGAGGGAAUUCUAUAACUGUACUUUUUUAAGGGAAAGAUUAACUUGCUUUUUUCCUCUCUAGCUACAGCAGUCACUGUUGUUACUACCCAGAAAUCAGGUAUGCAAUAUUAACAAUAAUCGAUUUCCUAUAUGGUACGUUGGUCGUCUUCUGUCGUGACACGGGCCAAUUAACAAUUAGACAACGCGGUCGAGUUGCGUACGAGCGAAUAAUCAACGAAGGCGUUAGGCGUAUAGCUUGAGUUAACUAUAUACAACGAAGCGAAAAUAUUCAGCUUGUGAGCCUUUUAACAAGGUCGUAUAACAGAUUACAAGCGCAGUUUUGAUAAUUAUAGGGGGAGAAAACCGGCUGAUAAUUUUAGCAAAUACAAAACUAAUGUUAUUCCGAAGAAGUGUGCAUCAAUACACCAUGCACAAUCUAUUUUAGAAAACAGUCUUUUUAGUAUAUUAUGUAUAGUGAUUAGUGUAUUCACGCACACUUUGGAGUACAUUAAUUUAUAAACAAGACUUUCAAAUUGUAAACAAUAUGGUUUGCUUUUAAUAUGCACAAAAAUUCCGUUUAUCUUCGUGUCACAUUUUGUAGCCAGUAAAAGCAGAUUUAUUAAUAAAAAAGGCGGUUUUUAAUUUUGAUUUUUACCAUUAAAAAUCUUAUCUCAAACCGUAUUUUGUACUUUUUCUCAACCGUUGCCCGUUACGUAAUGGUCCCUGGUUGAGUAGCCAAUCAGAAUGAUGGAUUUUGUAAUAGACGACGAUUGAGUCCCACUAGACCUCCGAUAGGAACAGUUUAUAACUGAUUGAGCUAUUCAGUGUAAAUAAAAUCGGUUUACUAAUCUAAAUAUACUGUUUUUCCGUAGCCCGUCUUGAUCUUGCAUUCCUUGUGGAUGGUUCAAGCAGCGUAGGUCAACAAAACUUCAUCCAGUUCUUAAGUCUUGUAAAAGGAACUUACCAUGCAUUCCCUAUUAGCGAAGAAGAGAUCCGAAUCGCACUUAUUGUCAUUUCUAACGCUGGAAAAGUCGCCUUCCAUUUUGACAAAGAUACAGAAAUGACAGAAAUCGACACGAAUGUCGAUUAUGUCACCUUCCCUGGCGGAAAUCGCAACGUUGGCAGUGCUAUAUCUGUCACCAUACGAAAUGUCUUGGCUACUUCCGGAAGGCGUGGAAUGGUUCCACAGAUUCUCGUCUCAAUUUUGGCAGGGAAAUCGAGUGACGACAUCAAGAGUAUGACGAAAGAGUUGCAUCGGGCCAGGGUUAAGUCAAUUGCUGUGGGAGUAGGUUCGGUGAUUAAUCAAGAUGAGUUAAGAAUGAUCGCUGGAGAUGGACAGAAUGUUAUUGUGAACUCUGAUUUAUCAAAACUCGCACUUUCGAUUCCUGAGAUUGUGAGAAAGAUCAAUGCAGGUUAGAUUUUCAUAUUAGAUAUUUGAUUAAAAAGCUCCCUAAAAAAGUCAAAAGAGUGUGUUUGCCUAUGUGAGUUUCAGGCCGAAGCCCCACUGUCUACUCGGGCACUAAGCGAGUGAAUGAGUAAGUUAGGGUGUGUUAAUGAUCCUUACAUGCAGCUGAGAGUUAAGCUGCAUUAUGUAGGACGUAAGCCAACCUGGUCGAGUCGAAGGCUUUCUAAGCCAACUAGCUUUUGACUCAUGUCUGAUACAGAGCACAGUUACGGUGGAAGAAUCAGUUUAAAACUUAUCCCAAACCACCCUGUCAACAUAUCCAGUGGGAGGAAACCGGAAUCCCCGGAGAAAACCCACGACUUUCGGUAGAGCGUUGACUGACUCUGCAUAUAAGUGUUUUUAGUCCGCAGCGCGAGAAUUAAACCCACGGUCUCAGAGGUGAAGGUGCUUUCUCUGACAAUUGUGCUACCGAAACCCCCAAUAAUAUGUUCAAGUGGGGCCGUAGAGGCAUGGUAACAAGACAAUGAACAGAAUGAUAGAUAGGUAUAUGUGCCUGUGACCUCUGCGAUGAGGAUUCAAUUCUUUCCUAAAUUAUUGAUCAUUCUUAACUUUCAUUCUAGUGUAUGGAUCAGGUAUUGGAAUAAUACCUACCGUGAUUGAUACCAAGCUUCCUCCAUCAACACCGGGCACAAAACCUUCUGUACCUCAGAAACCUGGAGGUGAUUGUGUUUAUAACUCUUUCGUAUAGUGACUCACAAUUAGACAAAGUUAAAUAACACAUCAUUAGAAAUGUGUCGGAUCCCGAUCCACUGAUAUGUAUGUUCAUAAGUACAAACUAAACAAUGGACUAUAUUAUGGGACAAAGUAGUGAAGCAUGGUCCAAGUGCCAAAAUUAGUAUCCGGUAUAACGGUAUCCAAUGGACUACUAUCCAGUACCAUCCGGUAUCCGGAUAAACAGUAUCCGACAAAAAUUGCUUGCCCUGGAUAAAAAUUACCAGUAUCAUUAAACCUUUCUUGUAGUUGUAAACAAAAGAAAUGGUUGAUUUUAAAAUUUAUGAAUUCACGGUAACCAGCUACAUGUUUAACAUCAGACAUGCUUCGCUAGAAAUUACGGUUGCCAUUGAGUAAUUUUAAAAAGAACAAAACAAUAGACACUCCGAAUAUAGUUAACAUUUUAUUCAACGUUUCGACUAGGUUUCAGUCAUCAUCAGGAAUGACGCUAUUGAAAAAUACUGAGAUAUAUAUUUACAAGUUAAGCGGAUCAAAUUACGCGCUAAUUAAAUAUCACAAGUUCCUUAGAGGCUCUAGUUCCGUGAUUAAGUUCCGGUUUUUGGCGAUGUAUAAGUAAGGACUCCUUAUAUAACAAUAAUGACCAAUGUCUAGAUUUAUCUAAAAUAACACAGUUUUGGUAUAUGAUGGCUUCUGUGGUAUGUGGAUCAAAUUGAGCAAGUAGUGUGUUGGGUAGGUUUAGUAGAGUCUGAUAAUAUUGGAAGUGUUCACAUGACAUAAUAUGUUUGUGAACUUCUGAGUUUUUGUCGGAGGAGUGUUCUUUAAUCCUUGUUCUGAGGCAGCGGUCAGUUUUUCCGAUGUACGACAAUUGACAACCAGGACAGCUAAAUUUGUAUACAACACUACUUUGGAGCUCUUUAUCCGUUCGGUCUUUUAGGCUAAGAUAGGUGUUGCUGUUCGUCGUGUCAUAGAUCGUGAUAAAUUUGGGACGGGCUAUCAAUAGUCGGGAAAUUUUGUUGGUGCACGAGCGUAUAAGGGAAGUUCCUCUCUUGCCAAUGAACGGAAGGUGAAUCCAGAUUGUGGGCGGUUUUGGAUGCGUAUUCUCGUUUUCAGUGUUGUUGUUGUCAGGAGCAAUGUCGUGGUUCAGAGGUGGUGGUGAAAAUGCGUUGAUCAGUUUGUUGGUCAUGUGAUGAGGGUAGCCAUUCCAAGAUGCAAACUCAGCAAUCCUUUGUAGUUCGUUCUUUAGGAGGUCGAUGUUGCUACAGAUCUUGUGUGCGCGGUGGACUAAAGCUCUCAGCCAAGCUGUUUUUCUGCACCAAGGAGUAAAGCUCGAGAGAUGGAUAUAUUGGCCUGUGUGUGUGGAUUUGCGGUAUAUUGUUGUGCCAGUUGAGGUUAUUUUGAUAUCCAGAAAGUGAACAUCAUUGUUGUCAGUGAAUUCUUCGUGUGUGAAUUUAAUGAGUGGGUGAAAGGAAUUAAAUUUCUUUAGUACGUUAGGUAUGUCACAAGGUUUAAUCAGUACCAAUGUGUCGUCAACAUAGCGUGAGUAGAAUUUAAUUACGUUGGAAGAGAGAAGAGGUCGGACUAUUUCGUCCUCAAAGGCAGUCAUUAAAAUAUCAGCGAGAGUAGGACCUAAAGGCGAACCCAUAGACACGCCGUCAAUUUGUCUGUAAAGUUGGCCAUUCAAAGAGAAAGGUGUUUUGGUGCAUGAGUCUAAAAGUAAUUUCUUGAGUGUUCGUUUGUUAAGUGAUGUCGUAAUUCGUUUGUCUUUGUAAAUUCUGUCUAAGAUUAUGUUCACAGUUUUGCGUAGAGGGAUGUUGGUGAAAAGAGAAGAAACGUCAAAGGAUACUAGUCUGUAGCCUUGAGAAAAAAGGUGUGUGGGUAUGUUGAGAAUGCGUGAAACAGCGUCAAAACUGUCUUUAAGUUUGAAUUCGUUGUGUGUAAGUGGGUUGAGAAGAGAAGAGAGAUACUUGGCUAGAGGUUGGUAGGCAGUACCGGUUGUGUCAAUAAUAGGGCGAAAAGAUGGUAGAUAGUCAAAAGGUUUGUGUGUCUUAGGAAGUCCAUGUGCGCGAGCAGGUCUCGUAGAUUGUGGUCGAAUAUUUCGGUAUGUUACAUCGUCAAUUUCGUUGCGUUUAUGUAUUGUGCGUAAAUAUUCUUGUAGAGAAGAGAGUUGGGUUAAAGAAGGGUCGUUGUCGAGUUUUUGAAACUUGGUUGGGUCGGAAAAUAUGGAAGUCAUACUGUUAUAGUAGUCUGAUAGUUUUAUAAGUACAACACCGUUACCUUUAUCUGGUUUAAGAAUAGCGUAUCGUUUACGUAAGUCUUUCAGGAUCUUAAUGUGUUUGCUGUCUUCAGUAAGUCGUCUAUCGUCAAAGUCUAAGAAGUUGCAAGCUAAGGCCUUGAUGGAGUUCUUAAUCUUUUGCUGCUUGAUGAAGCUAUCAGGAAUCAAGCUGUUACGUUUUAGUUGAUCCCAAAUUGACUCGGCUGCGGCAAUGAUGUCUGAUUCUUUGGGUCGCGUGGCAAGGCCAUGUUUGAGUCCAAAGCGAAGGACACGUUCUUCUUCAGGUUUGAGCGGGUCAUUAGUGAGAUUGGUUAUAAUGUUAUUAGGGUUGUCCUUGAUUCCGGUAUGGAUACAAUGUUCGCGUUUGAGCGCAGCGAAUUUCCUUUCAUGUCUGUCAGAGACUUUGAUCAGUUUCUUGUCACUCGAUCUGGUAGCGUUAAACUUGAUGGCGAUAAACUUCAACACACUACUUACUCAAUUUGAUCCACAUACCACAUAAGAUCAAUUUGAUCCACAUACCACAGAAGCCAUCAUAUACCAAAACUGUGUUAUUUUAGAUAAAUCUAGACAUUGGUCAUUAUUGUUAUAUAAGGAGUCCUUACUUAUACAUCGCCAAAAACCGGAACUUAAUCACGGAACUAGAGCCUCUAAGGAACUUGUGAUAUUUAAUUAGCGCGUAAUUUGAUCCGCUUAACUUGUAAAUAUAUAUCUCAGUAUUUUUCAAUAGCGUCAUUCCUGAUGAUGACUGAAACCUAGUCGAAACGUUGAAUAAAAUGUUAACUAUAUUCGGAGUGUCUAUUGUUUUGUUCUUUUUAAAAUGCUUCGCUACUUAUGGUUAAGUGAAUGAAAGUGAACUUCGAACAAACGUUUCAACACUUUAGCCUGGUGCCUUCAUUGUAAGAUGACGUCAUCAUGCAGCAAGGCGAAGAUACUCGUAACUUCUAUCAUUCCUAUUCAAAACAUGAUUGUCCAUAUUUAUGUUUAAUACACGCUUCCAAACAACGUCUUUAAUUAACCAAAGCAUUCAAUUACUUUAACCAGAGAAAUGAACUUGUCUGAUUUUAUACUUGUCGUAAAUAUAUAUAGAUCGUCAUCAACACCUCUUCGAUAUUUUUAGAAAAUCGACUACCGCUUUUAUGUAAAACAAAAGUCGACCUCGCCUUUCUUGUUGAUGGCUCUGCUAGUGCAGAAUACAACAGCCGUGGUGGUUUCCGCAGGAAUUUGGGUCUGGUUAAGCAAUUCGUACGCGAGUUUAUUAUGUCUCCUAAUGAUGCACGAUUUGGGUUAGUAGUAUUCGCAUCUGAGGCCGGAGUGGAGUUCACCUUCGAUUCUCACAAAAACCGUGAUAGUCUGAUUGCGGACAUAAAUAAGGUGAAAUUCCCUGGAACUGCUACCUUCCUGGGUGGUGGAUUGAUUAUGGCCAAUGCAGAUCUGUUUCCCAAAGCCCGAGCUGAUGCGAAACAGAUACUUGUGGUAAUCACUGAUGCAUUGACUUAUGGUGAUGAUAUUAAGACUCCAUCUCAAGCCAUCAAGAAACGAGGUAAGCUAGAUAACUAUUUGAAAUUUUAGUUAGGCCUAAGUGCAUAUGAAUCUACAGUGAUGGUUUUAGCAUUAGUGCUGGGGGUGAACAUUGUUGUUGGUCAUCUGCCCUGCGACCAUCGUUUAAUUCCUGCAAUUUUCUGGAUAUUAUCAUGUUUAUUCACAUGUGAAAGCAGCAUCCAAUAUUAUAGAAGACACUUUUAGUUUAUAUUUUCAACGCACUUUAUUAAUUCUAUUUUCCUUUUUCUAAAGGUGUGGAAAUUUUUACCGUCGGUGUAGGAAUACGACAAGACGAUAAAAUACUAAAGGAGAUAGCAUCAGUCCCAAAACCUGAACAUGUGUUUUCAACACCGCAUCCUGCCAAGCUAACGGACGUUUUACACGUGAUUAAGAAAAAGAUCUGUAAAGGUAGAUAAUAAUAUUUAAGACAUUCUUCCUAUCGGUGGGUUUUAAGCAUUACACAAAACAAUUGCGUUAAUUGCCUAGCGCUCAACAUUCCAGAAAAUGUUGUUCCUAGGCAACAGUCCCUUUAAAAAAAAACUUACAAAAUGAAAAACAAAAGAAUUCUUGAUUUUAAAACAUUGAAAAACUGUACUGUUAUGAACUCAAUGCAAAAAGUCAUUUAAAGAGUAUUCUUUUUUAAGGUGGCUCAAAACGGUUUUAAAAAAAAUUCAGGAUUUAGAUCCGUAUUUUUGGACAAUUAUUACUUGUUGAAAGCAAAAAGCAUCUUACUGAUUUGAAAAACAUCUAAAAGGUUUGAAUUUUUUCACAAACACUACACAACUGUUGUUGCUAUGGCAACAAUUACGUCUCAAGGAUUUGCUUAUCUCUAUGUGGAUAGAUAGUAUUCAGUUGUUAACCAUGCAGUAUUAUUGAUUUCUCUUUAGAAUAUGUGGUAGGUCCCAGCCCUGGACCUGGUCCUGCACCUAUUCCUGUAAAGCCAACACCUGGAGGACCUGUGUGUAAGUGUAAAAAUACUUGACUUUAAGCAAAUCAAUAUGUUGGUGUUAAGCCCCGAUCAAAUGAUAAUGGUGACGCGAGAGUUGAUGAGAUGUGCAGCCAACUCUUGUUUGCAUUUGACCACCAACUCUCAAUCUCUCAUCACUCAUCGACUCUCUUUUACUCUCAUCCAAUCUCGUCAACUGUGAGUUUGUUUCAUGAAAGUUGAUGAGAGUUUUUCCUAUCUGCAGUUUUAAUCUCGCUGCAAUCAUAGAAAAGACGCUGCAAUCAUAUAAGUAACUAUUACAUUCCCAAAGGCUUAGAAUUUUUUCUGAGUAUAAAUGUUAUGAAGAAAAAACCUAGUCAAAUUAUUCUUCUAUUUUAGUACAAAUUGAUAUUGGAUUUCUUAUUGAUGGCUCAAGUCGUGUCACUGUCCUCAACUUCAAAUACAUUUUAGAAUACGUCAAAAUGAUUGUCCAUGCUUUCUCUAUCUCGAAAGAAGGUAUUCAUGUCGGCUUGGCUGUUGUUUCAAGCAAAGGAAAGAAUGUUAUCUUUGGUUUUAAUAAAUACACCGAUUCCUUAUCAAUGGACCCAGCUAUCGAUGCUACAGUCUACCCUGGUAGUGAUGCAGUUGUUGGCGAAUCUAUGGCCAAGGUCAAAGACGAUCUAUUUGUAACUAGCUCUCGAACAGGUGCGAUCAAGAUUCUUGUCAUCAUUCUUGGGGGCAAAUCCUCUGAUGACGUUACUAUUCCGAGUCAAGAUCUAAAGACUGCUGGAAUCAAUCGUGUGAUCGUGGUCGCUAUAACAAGUGACACAGAUAAAACUAUCUACACUCCUCCAGCUACAGUACUGAAUGACGUCAUCAUAUCUGUGACGUAUGUCACGAUUAAAACUACAGCACAGAUACUGGUGGAUCGAAUAAACUCAGGUGAACACCCAUUAAAUAUUUUUCUCUUUUUGCAUUACUUGAAUACUAGUGUGUGAUACUGGUAUUCACUGAGAAAAUUCUCCGGUGAGCGAGUUUUACCACCAGAUUAUUUUCCACAUAAAUCUUGAGAAAGUCUUUGCAAUUUUAUUAAUAUUGAGGUGAUCUUUUCAUUCCUGGGGUUCCUUUUGACACAGCAGCUUGUUUAAUGGAAAUGCAUUCGCUUGACUACUUUAUGCAAAAGGCUUCUUGAUCAGGUGUAUUGACUGUACAGUAACAUGUCAUCCUCGUCUCCAGGCCCUCACGGCCGCGUGCGUUCUCCCUAGGCCCUGGGGCACACAGAACUGAUAGUGCAAGAAAACUUGCAGUAGUUUCUAAAGCGCUUUCUUUUGAAUUGGGACGCUUUAGCACCCGUAACAAUUUUUACAGUGAAGUAUUACGAUGAAACGAAGUAUUUGUGUUGACAUAUGUUGAUAGAAUAAUUUUGCCUAGCGAAAACUGCUCAACGUCUGCGAAACAGCAGUUCUCUGAGAAGGCGAUCAGAUCUCUCCCUUUAGUCGUCUAACCCAGAGCCUAAUUGUAAUGGUAACCUGCAAGCGUGAAAGGCAUGGCACUAAUAAAAACUUGUUGUGCAUUCUGUACAGUGUUGUAGUCGAGUCCACAACUUACUAGUCCGAGUACUAAAUAUUUCGAGUCCAAGUCCGAAAUUAUAUAUAUAUGUAUAUGUACUAUUUAAAACACGAGUAGGAGUGUUUUAUCAGAUAUAAUUAUUAAUGAGCAUUUUAAGUAUAAUCAAAUCCACAGGCACUUAAUUAACGCAUUUUUGCAGAAGUCACGAUGUAAUCAAAGUAAUAUGGUGGUGGCAAACAGACAUUGGCGUAUAGGCGAGGGGGCGACGCCGCCCCCCCCCCCCCAAUCACCACAAAAAUAAUUUUCUCAAAAGGGCUAAAUUUGUAGAGAAAUUGGAGGGAGGGUGUACACAUUACAUGCUCGAAGCUGAAAUUGACUAAGUACGUCUUGAAACGCAAUUUCGAGAAUGCAGAGAUGUUGUCUCAUAGAAACUAGAAUUAUUUAAAUGCAACAUUUCUGAUCAAAAUCGCAUUGGGAUUUUCUCCCCCACCCAGCAUCACAGAGGGGAAAGAGACACUGACACCUCCUCCUGUUUUUCAAGGUGACAUUUCCAAUUUAUUUAAUUCCGAGGAGAAAUGUCUGGGAAAAUUCAUGUCUUAGAUUUACUUUAAUAUAAUCUUCGGAAUUCUGCAAGAUUUCAUCCUAAAAAUGCUUGAAAUCGCAUUUCACGGACUGUAGAUUUCAAAAUUUUUCCGGUGGUGUAUGCUCCCCGUACUUCACUGGGCACUCUUACGCCUUUGGCGUUCGCUUCGUCGCCCAAAAAAUGAAGGUCUGCAUGCAGGCUACGCCAUCAGUUGCAAACAGAUCAGACUAUAUAGUGAUAUUUAAUUUCGAGUUUAAAACAUGUACAGUGCAAAGCAGUGUAAGGUCCUACAUUACAUGCAGUGCAUGCAUGUGUCCGAAUAAAAUGAAUGGAACACUUAAUUUAAUAUUGAAUUCCGUAAAUAGAUAUAUUCUUUUAGCUAUAUCCAACGAAAAAGCAUUGAUUAAUAAUUGAAAGGUCGUAAGAUAUAAAUCAUGUGAUCUCCACCUCUCUCAUUUGGUCAGCGAGUUAUUACACGUCGCGUCAAAUUCUGUCGCAAAAACAAAUCACUUAGUGUUUCCAUCUGGUAUAUAUUCUUGUCGCGAAAAAGAUCUUUGGAAAAUUAAGCGUUAAAUUAUAUGUUGAACUUUUGUUAACACUUAUGUUGUAUUAUGCUAGUUGUUGGACAGAAUAUCGGUGCGUUGCCUGGUGUCCCUGGUACCCCUGGAGUUCCUGGAGGUCCUGGUGGAAGAACCACAGGUAAACCUAACGUAUGCACGACUGAGCUAUCUGCUAGGUGGUAGGUGAUGAUCUAACAGACAUGCGUUCAAAUGUAAUCGUUCAAGCGAACAGAUCUCGAGUCAGUUGUUGAGUCAUUCAAUUUAUCUCAAUUAUUUCUCCUUUCGAUUUGUGCUUUUUCAUAACGUUACCCUUUUUUCCUUUUCUUAGCUGCUGUCGAUCUAGGUUUUAUUAUCGAUGGUUCUGACAAUAUGGGACAAGCAAACUUCAAGCAUGCAUUACAUUUCGCUCGAGACAUUGUUAAUGCUUUCCCAGUUUCCCUGGACGGUGUCCACAUUGGUCUAGUCGUAGUAUCAAAUGAGGCAAUACUGUCUUUCCGUUUUAAUCUUUACACCUCGAAGUCCAUCGUUGGUGCAGUUAUAUUACAAACUCCAUACCGAGGUGGUAAUUCCGCUACCGGCGCUGCGAUCUCUAAGGCCAAGACUAUGCUGUUUGAUUCCUCAAAACGAGAAGCGGCUAAGGUAUGGGAAGAUACAUUAUGGUAGAAUUUGGUAAAUGAGUUGGCAUACAGCAACACGAGGUGGUAUACAGUAAUUGGGGUAUAGCUAAAUCUAAGCAAGAUUAAAGUUUCCUCAGUCAGUUCUAUAAUGGAAGCGUGUCUCACUAAACACUAAACACUAUCCUACAAUAGGCAGUUAUGAGAAUGAUAUGAUUUUGCUGCCCACUCAAAAGUCGAUCCAAACAAUUUAAUAUUGGGUGGUUGGAGUUCUUCACUCACAACAUCCCCUCCUCCCGUUUCUAAUUUUGUUUUGUUUUGUUUUUUAAGGUGUUAGUUCUAAUCCUUGGUUCAAGUUCUUCUGACGAUGUUCGUGGUCCUAGUGACACCAUCAAGGGAAGUGGUGUAAAAACUAUCGCAGUUGGCACAGAUAGUUCUGUUCCUGUCAAUCAACUUAAUAUCAUCGCUACUGGAGGAGAUGCUGUUAUAACUACUACCACCAUUAUCAAGAUUAAUAUUAUUCUACAGCCUGUCAUUGAUAAAAUCAAUGAUGGUAAGUGUUAUGAUAUCAUUAGAAUUUAUGUAAUGUAUCUAACAAAUCUAUCUACGAUUUUACCCUCAGAUCACUAAAUGCAAGAGAGCAAGUCGAAAUGCAAGACGAACAGGGGCGGAUCUACCGGUGGGGUGCAGAGUGGUAACGAAUUAAUAUGGUGCUCAAAAUGCAGGAAAUGACAUUUCAGGGAUUUAAAUUUCAAACAGUUUCUGGAGAGAAUGCUCCCGUACCACCCCCUCUAACAAAUUAGGCCAGAUCGGCCCCUGAAGACGAGGCCAUUAUGUCCGUUUUAAGAAAAAAAGAGGAAUAGCAGACUCAGAUUUCGAUCAAACUUCAACCAGUCCUGUGAUUUCAUCCAAACUUCACCCAGUUUGAGGACUUUAACAAACUUCAUCCAGUCCUAAGACUUGAUCGAACCGAUUGAACUAACUCUAGUCUUAAGACUUAAUGAAACCUUAUCUAGUUCGAGCACAUGAUCAAACUUCAUCACGUUCAGAGACUUGGUUAAACUUUACCUAGUCCUGGAACUUGAAUCUAAGCAAGAUUAAAGUUUCCUUUAAUCUAACUUUGUCAGUUGUUUUCUCCUUUUUCACCAUUCCAAAAUACUCUGUAUUUUUAGUAAUUGGACAGCCUAUUGGAGUUGGCCCGUCUGGACCACCAUCGCCUCCCACUCCACCAGUUUCAGAGGAACAUCUCUUCACUGUGACGGUGUAUACUGGCUCUGUGAAAGGAGCUGGGACCACAUCUAAUGUUUAUCUUACCAUAUUCGGCAAGAAAGGAAGCACCAAUGAAGUUCAUCUCAAAAAAGGCGGGAAAACAUUGUUCACAAAAUCACAGUAAGGGAAAGAAACAUUUUGAACUAGAGGGCACUCGAAGAAUGCAUACAUCCGCCAGGGAUUAAGUUAUGUAUCGUGCAUAAAUUAUACAAUGUGGGCUAAUUACGCAUUUAACCCAUUUGUCCAUUAGUCUCACGAGUGUUUGUAUUAAUAUGUUUGAUAUUUUUAAUCGUUCUGACAGACACACACACCACACACACACACACACACACACACACACACACACACACACACACACACACACACAAGACACACACACACACGUACAAACACUACUCAAAACAUAACCUCCAGGCGGAGGUACCUUCGCAAUUUCCGCUCUUUAUUUUAAGGGAUGCAUUUAACUUAAUAUAUACCAUAAUCGUGUUUGUUUUAUCUGCAGUCGACUUCACUAAUACGUCAUUCUUGUCUUUUUACAGAUCUGAAGAAUUCAAACUGGAAUCUCUGGAUCUUGGACAAUUGAUUAAAAUCCGUAUUCGUCAUGAUAAUUUGAAUGGAGAUGGUUGGUUUUUGGAAAAAGUACGUCUUACACUAUUAUGGCUCAGAUGUUGUUUCUGAAAGUUGAGAAAGUGGUAGAUCUAUUCUAUCCAGGUGAAUGAAUGUAUCAACAAUUGACAGUUGUGUUCAUCUACCUAGAUAACAGUUAAAGACGAAAAGACGGGCGCAUUUUACAUAUUCACUGCUGGAAGAUGGCUGGAUAGUAAACAAGAAGACAAGAAAAUUGAUAUAAUUAUUCUUGUUGAUAAGUCGUUGGUGCCAGGAGGACCAGGUUUGCAGGCUAUCUGCUUAUAUAAUGCGUAUUUGUGGUCAUUGUUUCUCAAUUCACUCACAUAUAAUUAAUCUAAAUGCUCGUAUACUUUUGUUCCAUCCUAUAUGCUUACAUUAUCAGAACUAGUGAACAAUCUGAAAGUUCGAAUUGGGUAACAACACAUAUCGAUGAACCAUUACACACUUAUCUUAUCCACGAAGAUAAAUUCAUAUAAUAAAAAUUUAUUCAUAUCUUUGCAUUCUUCUAGGUGGUGAAAUCAAAGCUGCUGAUAUAGGAAUUAUCUUGGAUGGCUCCCGAGGUGUGCAAGAAGAGAACUUCAAACGACAACUGGAACUUGUCAAGCUGAUCAUUCAGUCAUUCAGAGUCUCUCAAGAGGAAGUACACUUUGGUAUUGCUGUCACAACAUUGAAAUCCGAAGUCGUCAUACAACUGGACGAGUACACUGACUCCGCCACUCUUCAAGCAGGUGUAGAUAAACUGUCUUAUCCAGCAGGGAGAAGGAAUACCGGGGCUGCUAUCAAGUUAGCCCAAGACCAGCUAUUCACAAAAGCCCGUGCGGGCAUUCCCAGGGUUCUGAUUAUUUUCGUUGGUGGAAAGUUAAAGGACAACGCGAUCGAGCCUGCUGAGGCAAUUAAAAAGACUGGCACUAAGCUGGUUGUGAUUGGAAUUCGAAAGAACGUUAACCCUGUUGUGAAAGAAUUGAAAUCUAUUGCAUCCAAGCCUGAUUUUGUAAUCAUCCAGCAGUAUGUAAUCUACAUUACAGCCAUUAUUGCUCCCCUGGUUGACAAGAUAAAUGAAGGUAAUUUAUGGGAUCAUCAUAACAUGUUAUUUCUGUGUUUUUACAUUGUACCAACUGUUAAAAUCAAGGAAAACCUCGUUAGUUCCACAGUGGUGGCACCAAGGGGAGGGGGGAGGGAGGCACAGCCUUCCUGUCGGGAGCCCUAGCUAGCCAUAGCUUAAUAGAUUCGUCGGGGAAACUAAGAAAAAAGUUUGCAGGAAUUCCGAAAAGCACGAUCUUGUCGCCAUGCUCGUUCUCCCGCAUGUUAUUAUGUUAAUGAAUAAUUUACGUUAAUAUUUAUUCACUUCUGCACUAGCUAGCAAGGUGCGAUUUUAGUGCGUAUAGUCACGCACGUUUCCUAAUAUAGUACACAAGUUACGCAAGUUCCAGACAUUCCAAACUGUUUAGUUACUAGACAUUCCAAACUGUUUAGUUAUCAAUACAUAAAUAUAGUAUGCUACAUGACAUCAUUAUAAACACCUCAUAUUCUAAAUGUAGCUUUCGCAUAAUAUAUAUGAACAUAUACUUGCGCAUUUUAUGUAAAUAACUUAUAAUACAGUAAAGAUAUCUUAGUCUAUCUCGCUUGGCGCACUCAAGGGGAUGUCGACGACUUCAUACGUGAAAUAAGUGUUCUGCGGAAUAUUUCUACUUGAACCAGCAAUCAUCUCCAAUUUGGAAAUCAUGGAUAACUACACUUCUAACAUUUUAUGUUUUCGCGAGGGACACGCGUGUCUGAACUUCCUACUGUAUAAACUUCGUAUAUUGAUUCGUACUUUUUAUAAAGACCACAUCAUGUUGGCUCAAUUGUAUAUUUUAAGUAUAUAAAAUAUGUUAGUAGCCUAUAUAUUCAUUAAUUUUGCUACUUUAACAUACUUAACCAUGAAAAAAUUUGCAUAACCCUCCCCCCGUCGGGUAACAUAGCGCCUCGGUCGGGGAAUUUCUGGUGCAACCACAGGGCUUAGCCUGUAACUUCCAGAUUGCCACCCAUGGAAUUCGGAAUAAAUUCAGAUAUUUAGCCCAUGGUCAGAGUAAUUGGUGUUAGUCUGGCAUGUACGUAUUGCAUGACUAAAAGUCUCUAUGUACUAUUUAAAACACGAGUACGAGUGUUUUAUCAAAUAUGAAACGCGAGGCGCAGCCGUGCGUUUUAUGUCUGAUAAAACACGACAACGAGUGUUUUGAAUAGCUUAAAAUACGACUACAAAAGAAUACUAAUUAGGAUGAACCAUUAUAUAAUCAUACUAAUCAGGAUGAACAAUUAUAUAAUGCCACAUACCUUAUCAGAUAUAAAGUCACUCCACGUGACAUAUUAUGUCUGACAUGAUUUGCCACAAGGUUUAUGAAUUAUUAAUGAGUGUUUUAAAUCCAUUUGGUUAGGUUCUAUAUAAUAUUAUAUAUCUUUUUGUAGCUAUCGGCUCUCCAAUAGGACGGCCUCCAAAUCCUCUUGUUGGUCCAGAUGGUGUGCCAACGGGUAUGUAUCUUUUUGUUUUCCAUGUUUUUGCAUAAAUGAUAUUUGUUUCUUUCUUUUUUGAUAUGUAAAAAUACUAUCGAAAAAAACGAAUAGUUCAACUAAAUAUUUAAACUUUGGAGAAGAUUAAUUAAACCAUUUUGGUCUUCUGGUUUUUUGAGUGUCCUUAAAUUUCUUCAUAUUUCUGUAGUUCCAUUUGACUUGGGCUUCUUGGUGGAUGGCUCGAAACGCGUUGGGAAACAUCGUUUCAAACUCCUUAUGCAGUUUGUAAAAUACAUCUACAAACCAUUUGCUGUAUCUCAAAAAGCCGUUCAUGUUGGUUUGGUGGUCUUUACCGAUACAGGUAAACUGCAGAUUGGCCUGAAGGAUCAUUUCGGCCAAGUCGCACUGGAUAAAGCUGUCAACCAAAUUUCCUACCCUGGACAAAGGGGACAUUCUCUUGGACAAGCUGUGGUUGACACUAAGAGAGUUCUGUUUGAUGCAAGUGGUAGAAAAAAUGUACGAAAGGCUUUAGUAACCAUAGUGGUAGGAACAUCAGAUGAUGAUAUUGCUUCAGCCGCUACUGCCUUGAAGACAGAUGGAAUAACAUCAGUCGUCGUUGGUAUGGUAAAAAACAAUGGCAAACAGAUUGAGACUUUGGCAAGCUCAAGCAAACAUUACUACAUUAACCUUGUAUAUCAUUCUCUGGCUGCUACAAUCGAUGGCGUCAUUGAAAAAAUUGGUAAGUGCAAGAAGUCGAUUUCAUUUAAAGCUUACACAUCUUGUUAACUUUAAUCUUGUACUGUAUUCAGAUUAAGCCAAAAAUCCAAGAUGGUUAUCUUCGAUUCAUAUAUAUAUAUAUAUAUAUAUAUAUAUAUAUAUAUAUAUAUAUAUAUAUAUAUAUAUAUAUAUAUAUAUAUAUAUAUAUAUAUAUAUAAAAUAAAAAUAUUUGAAUAUAGUAUAUUCAACUGUGUGAAUUGAGCAAAAAUUAUUAUUAUAUGGCAAGCAAUUGUUUUGGUAAAGCGCGGAAUUUCUCUUUCCCCAAAGCUGCGACGGGAGUCGAGUUUCAAACAAAAUAUUCUCUAAAAGUUUUUUCAAAAUAUUCAAAACGGAAAAAGGGUAACUGCUGUUAUUAAAGAACUCUUUCAAUAAGUACAAAAUCAAUUUUACCAUUAAAUUUUACCAUUGUUCAACUAUUAAUUAAAGCCGUCUCUUAAGAUUGCAAGUGUAUAUUUGGUUUGCAGGUGGCGUGGAGGAAUUUGACACUUACUGACACAAAAAUACAAUUAAAGAAGCCACAGAUUUAUCAAUUUCGUUCGAAAAUAUAUACUUUUGUUAGUUGAAAAAGGACAUGAAUAUGAAAUCAAGACAUACUUAAAUAUAAAGACAUACUUUGUCGGUACUGUAUAUUUAUUUAUUUACAGUAUAAUAACUCUCUUUCUCGAGCAUACGCGAAGAAUUUCGGCAUUUUAAAACACAAAUUUGUCCCGAAAUUUGUAAGCGACCGACAACUUCGGAAAAUCAAAAUUGAAAGACGCUUAGAUGCGAAAAUUCGGAAACGAUUUCGGAAACAUUAAUUUUCGAUUACGGAAAAAACAAAUUGCGGUUUUGUCUCGGCAAAGGUCGACCGCGGUUUUUGUUUCGGUCAAACGAUGUCAAACCAUAGAUAUGUCAAACCUUAGAUAACCUAGGUCAAACCCUCGGUCAAACGGUUUGACCUAGGUUCGACCUAGGCUUGACAAGGUUCGACCUACGUUUGACCUAGUUUAACCGCGGUUUUUGUUAGGUUAUCUCUGGAUAGUACUGUACAUACUUUUUUAUAUUAAAUGACUAAAUACCUCGUGAUUACCUUGAAAUACUAUCCAAAACUUUGACUUUUCCCUAGUGUGACCAUGUUUUCCAUUUUGUUACAAAUGUACAAUGCGAAAAAAUAAAAAAUUCAAACCUCAGUUUUGCUGUUUUGAGUUCAGCAAGAACUUUGUUUGAUUUUUUCAUACAAGCUAAAUGGUUGAGGUCAGUAAGUUACUAAGAUUUCACUUGUUUAAUACAUGUUUCAAUCCCAAAACUAUUCUUUUUUUUUUCAGGUGCACCCAUUCCGGCAGCACCAGAACCAGGAAAUCCAGGAACAGGUGGGUCUGGGCAACCAGGUGGGCCAGGAGGCCCAGGUGGGCCAGGUGGGCCAGGAGGCCCAGGUGGACCAGGUGGUCCUGGUGGACCUGGAGUGCCAGGUGGACCGGGGGUACCGAGUACUCCAGGUAUUCCAGGUCGUCCAGGAAAACCUGGAACUCCUGGAUCACCAGGGGGUCCAGGGGGACCUGGGGGACCAGGACAACCUGGAGGAAUAGGUGGGCCAGGUGGACCAGCGGGUCCAGGUGGCCCAGGUGGCCCUGGGGGACCAUGUGGUCCAGGUGGACCAGGUGGUCCAGGUGGACCUGUUGGACCAUCAUGUGCUCCUGGAACUCCAGGUGGCCAUUCAGGCCCAGGUGGACCAGGUGGACCUGGCGGACCUGGUGGGCCAGGUGGGCCAGGAGGAACUAAUGGACCUACACCACCAGGUGGCCCAGGAGAGCCUGGUGGACCAUUUGGACCUGGUGGAACUGGUGGUCCAGGUGGUCCUGGCGGACCUGGGGGACCUGGUGGUCCUGGAGGUCCUGGUAUGCCUGGUGGCCCUGGUGGUCCGAGUGGACCAGGUGGCCCUGGUGGACCUGGGGGACCUGGAGGACCAACUGUUCCAAGUGGACCCGGACAGCCAGGGAAUCCUGGUGGUCCAGGAGGACCUGGUGGUCCUGGUGGCGUAGGUGGACAGGGCGGACCCAAUGGACCAGGAGGCCCAGGCGGGCCAAAUGCUAAUAAUAUUCCAGGUACACCUGUACAACCACCUAACACUGGAGGACCAGGUCAACCUGGAGGACCUGGGGGACCUGGGGGACCAGGAGGACCUGGUGGCCCUGGUGGCCCUGGCGGUCCAGGAGGACCAGGAGGGCCAGGUGGUCCAUCUCAACCAGGCAAACCAGGAAUACCUACAAACCCACCUGGCUCCCCAGGUGGUGCUGGUGGACCAAAUGGUCCAGGUGGCCCAGGUGGACCAGGUGGUCCUGGAAUGCCAGGAGGUCCUGGUGGUCCUGGAGGACCAGGUGGCCCUGGUGGUCCAGGUGGUCCCGGUUCUCCAGGUGGCAAAGUGCCAGGAAGUGUAGGGCAGCCGGGUGGACCAGGUGGUCCUGGUGGGCCAUCUGGACCUGGAGGUCCUGGUGGACCAGGUGGCCCUGGAGGCCCAGGAGGACCUGGAGGGCCUGGUGGACCUGCCAUGCCUGGUAAUCCUGGUGAUCCAGGUGGUCCUCAAGGCCCAGGUGGACCUGGUGGUCCUGGAGGACCUGGAGGACCUGGUGGUCCUAGAGGACCAGAAGGACCACUAAUGCCAAGUGGACCAGGAGGGCCAAAAGGCCCAGGUGGUCCUGAAGGACCUGGUGGUCCGGGUGGACCUACAACACCAGCUACUCCCGGGAAUCCAGGUCAACCAGGUGGCCCAGGUGGGCCUGGUGGACCAGGCGGACCUGGUGGACAAGGAGGACCUGGAGGACCUGGAGGACCAACUCCCCCUGGAGGGCCUGGAGAACCUGGAGGUCCACUUGGACCUGGGGGUCCAGGUGGAUCAGGAGGUCCUGGUGGACCUGGUGGACCUGGAGGACCAGGAGGACCUGGUGGUCCAGGAAAACCAGGAAAGCCAGGAGCACCAGGUGGUCCAGGGUUCCCUGGAAAGCCAACCACACCUGCUCAACCAGGACAGCCUGGCCAACCUGGUGGUAUUUUCGGUCCUGGUGGACCAGAAGGCCCAGGAGGACCUGGUGCUCCAGGUGGCCCUGGCCAACCUGGUGGAAUUGGUGGACCAGGUGGUCCAGGAGGACCUCAAGGACCAGGUGGCCCUGGUGGACUUGGUGGCCCUGGACAACCUGGUGGUCCUAAUGGUCCAACUCCUCCUGGAGGACCUGGUAAACCUGGUGGCCCGGGUGGGCCAGGAGGACCAAGUGGUCCUGGUGGUCCUGGGGGACAAGGUGGUCCUGGAGGACCUGGUGGACCCGGAGGACCAGGUGGUCCAGCUAUACAUCCUGGAAAACCAAAGGAAGGGGAACCAGGUGGUCCCGGUGGCCCUGGUGGACCUGGAGGCCCUGGCGGCCCGCAAGGCCCAGGAGGACCUAAGGGCCCUCAAGGCCCUUUACAACCAGGUGGACCUGGAGGACCAAAUGGUCCUGGAGGACCAGGCAGUCCUGGUGGGCCAGGUGGACCGGCUGUUCCUAGUGUUCCUGGGAAUCCUGGAAAUCCAGGUGGACCAGGAGGCCCUGGUGGGCCUGGUGGGCCUGGAGGUAUUGGAGGUCCUGGUGGACCUGGUGGACCUACUGCCCCUCAAGGUCCUGGUCAACCUGGGAACCCUCAAGGACCAGGCGGUCCUGGUGGUCCUGGUGGACCUGGUGGUCCUGGAGGUCUUGGUGGACCUGGGUCACCUGGAGGACCAGGUGGUCCAGUGGUUCCCGGACAAGGAAAACCUACUACCCCCGGGGAACCUGGUCAGCCUGGCAGUCCAGGAGGACCUGGAGGUCCAGGUGGACCAGGAGGCCCAGGAGGGCCUGGUGGCCCAGGAGGGCCUGGUGGCCCUGGAGGACCUGGUAAACCAGGAGAACCUGGACAACCAAGUGUACCUGGUACUCCUGGUAGACCAUUAGAACCGGGUGGUCCUGGAGGUCCAGGGGGUCCUGGAGGACCUGGUGGUUCUGGGGGACCUGGAGGUAAAACCCCUCCAGGUGGCCCUGGUGAGCCUGGUGGUCCAAAAGGACCUGGUGGUCCUGGUGGUCCAGGUGGUCCAAAAGGACCUGGUGGUCCAGGCGGGCCCAAAGGUCCUUUAUCACCUGGUGGCCCAGGAGGCCCUAAUGGUCCUGGUGGACCUGGAGGUCCAGGAGGGCCUAAUGGUCCAACACCACCUGGUGGCCCUGGGCAACCUGGUGGUCCUUUAGGGCCAGGUGGACCGGGAGGACCAGGAGGUCCUGGAGGGCCAGGAGGCCCAGGUGGACCUGGUAGUCCAGGGGGACCUGGUGGACCAGCUGUUCCAAGUGGUCCAGGAAAGCCUGGUAGCCCUGGUGGUCCUGGAGGACCCAACGGACCAGGUGGACCUGGCGGCCCUGGUGGCACAGGAGGUCCUAGUGGACCUGCUGGUCCUGGGGGACCUGGAGGCCCAGGAGGACCUUUCGGUCCUGGUGGUCCUGGUGGCCCAAAUGGCCCUGGAAGUCCAGGAGGACCUGGUGGUCCAAGUGGACCUGGUGGUCCAGGUGGCCCUGGUGGACCUCAUGGCCCAGCUAUACCAACUAGCCCAGGGCAACCAGGAAGUCCAGGUGGGCCUGGUGGACCAACAGGACCAGGAGGGCCUGGUGGACCUGGUGGACCUGGUGGCCCACAAGGUCCUGGUGGUCCUGGAGGUCCAUCUGUUCCUGACAUUCCUGGGCAGCCUGGUAAACCAGGGGCUCCCGGAGGGCCCAAUGGACCUGGUGGACCUGGAGGACCUGGUGGACCUGGAGGUCCAGGUGGACCUGGAAGUCCAGGUGGACCUGGUGGGCCUAAAGGUCCUGGGGGUCCAGGUGGACCUGGUGGUGAUAAUGGCCCUAAUAUUCCAAGUGGACCUGGACAACCUGGGAAUGCUGGUGGUCCUGGUGGCCCUGGUGGACCUGGAGGCCCUGGUGGACCCGGUGGACCUGGUGGCCCUGGUGGACCAAAUGCACCAAAAGGACCUGGAAAUCCUGGAGGUAUGUGCUUUUAAAUAUCUUUAUAGGGACAUAUUCAUCAUUGUUAUUCUGACCUGUACUCGUCAUUUAGUGGGGAGUUUAAGAUGCCGACAACGAACAACAGGUACGGAGUACGGUUGAACGCUUGUUUUCGCAAUGAUUUAACAAUGGCAGACAAAAUUUACAUAUCCCCAGAGCAUACUUUUCACGGUAGCGACCUUGGCUACAACGUAAAAAUCACAUUCUUGUGUUGUAAAACAGAUUCAAGUACAUAGUACCGAAACUGACUAUGCAACGUUGCAGAUUGGAGAAAUGAUGAAAAUUAAAGAUGAAACUUAUCGAACACAAAACCAUGCGCAUAAAACAUAUUUGGGAUAAAUUUGUUGUGACAAGCAUUUAGUAUUUGCAUAUAUAUAACAAGAACUAUUUCAAACGUAGUCGGUAGUUCGUCGUCAAGAUCUUAAACUCCCUAGUCUGCAGGAUGCACAGUUCGAAAAUGUCCGCUAACCUGAACAAUUCGCACAAUUUGUGAAAACUUUAUGCAUGGGUUGUUUGGGUCUGCUAGUAUCUUUACCACUAAAAUUAUUUUGAAGAGUAAAGUGCGGCAGAAUUGUUUUCAAAAACCUCUUUAAAAAUGGCUUUCAUACAAAAAUGAAGGCUUAAAAUGCAAUUUCGAUUCAUUAGGUGCAAAUUUGGAAGAUUGUCCAUGAACUAUCAAAGUACAAGGCAGUUUGAAGUCCAACACUCAACCACUAAAACUUGGAGCUGUUGGUGUAUUGGCUCCGUUCACGCACAAUUUAUUAAACACUGAAACACAUGACUGAUUUUGUGCAUUGAUUGACUUUACGCAUGAUUGAUGUCUUCCAAAAGGUUUAAAAAUUAUACCUGCUUGGCUACUAUAUAGGGCAGAAAGAUCGAAGUUAUAGAGGUCGUGCAUUGUACUUAAUGUACGUCAAAUUAUCUGACACUAUAAACAUGAAUCUUUGAUAAUUGCUUUUUGAGCCUUACAUUUUUGUGUGCAAGACAUUUUUAAAGUGUUUUUCAAAAACAACCGUCCUGUACUCGAUGGUUUACUUGUCAAAAUAAUUUUAGUAGUAAAUAUACUAGCAUACCCCAAACUACCCAUGCUUGCAUAACGUUUUCACAAAUGUUGUAGAAUUUGCAGUUUAGCGACAAUUUCAAAUACACCGUGUAAUUAUACAUUAUAAUAGAUCAGUUGACUGAUAGUUUUCUGAGGUGUGUGAUUAUUUAUAUUCACAUAUAAGAGGCAGUGCUUUUCUGAAACACAUCUUUUGAGGCAAUAGUAAUUCAGAUAAGAAUUAUUCGGGAAAUCAUAUUACAAUAUAAAAAAUUAUGGUAACUUAUUAUACCAAAUCAAACGUUUUUUGGCGCAUUGGGUACACACAUGUAUUUGUUCUUGACACAGUAGUUGUGAAUUCAGAUAUUCAAAAUUGUCAAUGUAGUAAUAUAAACAAAGUUGAAUUUUGAUUCCAUACUUAUUGAACCCCGAUCACUUCCCCCCCCCCUGCUGCUCAAUUUCUCCAUUUUAAAUAUUUCGUUAACUAUUAAAUGUACCAAAUUAUAAGUUUUUAGCAUAAAUUUCAAAGGACAUCCUAUAUUUUUAGGACUUAAUGGCCCUGGUGGACCUAAUGGACCUGGAGGACCUGGUGGUCCUGGUGGUCCUGGUGGACCUGGUGGUCCUGGAGGACCCGGUGGACCUGGUGGUAAAGGUGGUUCUGGAGCACCAGGAGGACCUGGUGGACCAAAUGGGCCUGGUGGACCAAAUGGGCCAGGUGGACCUGGGGGACCAGGAGGGCCAAAUGGACCAUCUGUACCAGGAGGACCAGGUAAACCUGGAAGUCCCGGAGGACCAGGUGGCCCUGGUGGUCCUGGAGGCCCUGGAGGACCUGGAGGUAAAACUCCUCCAGGAAGACCAGGAACACCUGGUGGUCCCAAAGGUCCAGGAGGCCCUGGGGGACCAGGUGGACCCGGAGGGCCUGAGGGACCUGGUGGUCCAGGAAAACCAGGAGGGCCUGGGGGUCCAGGCGGACCUGGUGGCCCAGGAGGUCCUGGAGGCCCACAAGGACCAGGUGGACCUGGUGGAACACCUGGAGGUCCUGGAGAGCCAGGUGGUCCACUUGGACCAGGAGGCCCAGGAGGUCCAGGUGGACCUGGUGGGCCAAGUGGUCCUGGUGGACCUGGUGGGAAAACACCACCAGGUGGCCCUGGGCAACCUGGAGGGCCUAGUGGACCUGGUGGACCAACAGGUCCAGGAGGCCCUGGAGGUCCUGGUGGUCCAGGAGGACCACAAGGUCCACUAAGCCCUGGAGGUCCUGGUGGACCAGGAGGGCCAGGGGGGCCAAAUGGUCCUGGUGGACCAAGUGGACCAAAUGUACCUGGUGGCCCAGGGCAGCCUGGUAGGCCAGGUGGACCUGGUGGUCCUGGUGGACCUGGUGGGCCUGGUGGACCUGGUGGGCCUGGUGGGCCAGGAGGAAAGACACCUCCUGGCGGACCUAGUGAACCUGGUGGUCCAAAUGGACCUGGAGGCCCAGGAGGACCUGGUGGAUUUGGUGGCACUGGAGGUCCUGGUGGACCUGGAGGGCCUGGUGGUCCUGGCGGACCAAUGGGACCUGGUGGACCCAAAGGACCAGGUGGUCCAGGAUCUCCUGGAAGCCCUGGUGGACCUGGUGGUCCAGGGGGACCAGGUGGGCCUGGUGGUCCAAAUGGUCCCACAGGUCCAAAUGGGCCAGGUGAGCCUGGUGGGCCUCUAGGACCAGGAGGACCUGGGGGACCUCAAGGGUCAGGUGGUCCUGGAGGACCAGGAGGGCCAGGUGGCCCAGGGAAACCUAAUGCUCCUGGUCAGCCUGGUGCCCCAGGUGGACCCGGUGGACCAAAUGGCCCUGGCGGACCAGGAGGACCUAAAGGACCCCUCAUGCCAAGUGGUCCUGGUGGUCCAAAUGGCCCUGGUGGUCCAGGUGGACCUGGUGGUCCUGGUGGGCCUAGUGUGCCAGAAGGCCCAGGUAAUCCUGGAAGACCUGGUGGUGCUGGAGGUCCUGGUGGACCUGGUGGACCCGGUGGGCCUGGUGGACCUGGUGGACCUGGUAAACCCAGUGGUCCUGGAGGACCUGCAAAGCCUGGAGAAAAACCAAGCAAACCUGGAAUUCCUGGAGGUAACUAACUGUAAAGUUUAUAUUGUAAUACAUUGUUUCAAAUUACGCUGGAGUGUUAGGAAUUUUCCAGAACUGUUCCCUAAACUGCGAAGUGUACCUCUAUCUUAGGCCUCCCUUUAGGAAUGCAUGGUUUUGUGGAACAUCAAUAGAGGAAUUUUUUGAGGAACGCUAACUAUGAGCCUUGUUUGUGCUCAGUGUCUUUUUACUAGCCAGUUUUCAAAUAUUGGUGAAACAGUUUUCAAAUUAGAAAUGCGAAGGUGGCGUCUAGGUAUUCGAUGAUCCUAAAUUUGCUCACGUUUUAGUUUCAGUAUUUUGCUAAAAUUACUGUUAUUAUCGCUGGCUAUCUAUUAUACAGGGUGUCUAAACUUAGCUAAACAAUUUAAUAAUAAUCCAUCAAUAUUUUCCAUCGUAAACGUAGCUAAACAAUUCAAUUUUUACACAGGACGAUAGAACAGUUAUUUAGCUUUUCUAUGAUACCUUUUUAAACCAUAACGAUGAAAAAUGGCCACAUACUUGUCAAAUAAAAAUUGCCGGUCGAAAUCACAUUCUUUCACCGUUGGGAAUUAAACAUACAUUAAUUAUACAAAGUUAAUCAAUCCAAAAGUAACACGAGCCUGCUGCAAGGUGUUUGUUUCGUAAAACGUUUUGAUUACGAAUGUUCUCUGUUCAAUGGUUAAUUGAACCAUGUUUAAUUUAAUGGACGUUCUUAUUGUCUCACUAAGACGAAGAUUGACAAGUUGAGCUCAUUUUAGAUAAUUUAACAUUCAACUUUAAUUCCUUCCUAGGAAUUGUCUAUGUUUCGUUUUCCAUGCAAUUCCCAAUGGUGGAAGAAUGUGGUUUCGACCGGCAUUUUUUAUUUGACGAAUAUGUGGCUAUUUCUCAUCAUUACGAUUUAAAAGGAGCAUCAUUGAAAAGCUAAACAACUGUUCUUUCGUCCUAUGUAAAAAUUAAUUUUUCGCCACGUUUAAUAUGCACGGACAGCCUGUUGAAUUUCCAUUUCGUAGAGGAAAAAGAAAAAGAAAAUGAAAUACUAUUAGGGUUCAUCGUAGGUUGAUGUGACAACUUAAAAUAUAAUAAGGGAUAAUAUACUGUAACAAAACAGGAUUAUUCUGUAGACUUUGAUACAUUGCCACUUAAUGACAAAUCGACUGUAUACACUACAUUGCAUUCUACAUCUCUUCGAAAUCUAAUUAAUAAUCUUGUGAUGUUAACAUUGCAUAAUAUGUUGUGACAUAGUAUGUAUAUAUUUUCAGAUUAUAUUUCCUAUUAUUUGUAAUUGAGUAAUCCUGGUUUUAAUGUGCAUUUUAGGACCAGGAGGACCAAAUGGACCUGGUGGGCCAGGAGGACCUGGAGGCCCAGGUGGCCCAAGUGGGCCUGGUGGACCUGGUGGACCAGGAGGCCCUGGAGGCCCUGGUGGUGUAGGUGGUCCUAAAGGUCCAGGUGGACCUGGAGGACCUGGUGGCCCUGGAUCCCCAAAUAUGCCUGGUGGACCUGGUGGUCCAGGUGGCCCUAAUGGGCCUGCUUCGCCUGGUAGACCCGGUGACCCUGGUGGACCUGGGGGUCCGGGAGGACCUGGUGGACCUAGUGGCCCAGGAGGACCUGGAGGACCUGCAGUGCCUGUUGGGCCAGGUCAACCUGGUAAUCCCAAUGGGCCAGGUGGCCCUGGUGGGCCUGGUGGCCCUGGUGGUCCAGGUGGCCCUGGUGGACCUGGAAAACCUGGUGGACCUGGCGGACCAGGAGGUCCAGGUGGACCUCAUGGACCUGGUGGACCUGGUGGUCCUGGAGGGCCAGGAACACCUGGAGGGAAACCUACAAUACCCAGUAAACCUGCAAGCCCUGGAGAUCCGGGAGGACCUUUGGGACCAGGUGGCCCAGGCGGACCAGGAGGUCCUGGUGGGCCAGGUGGACCCGGAGGACCUGGCGGUAAAACACCACAAGGAGGGCCUGGGGGACCUGGUGGUCCAAAUGGCCCUGGUGGACCAGGUGGGCCAGGUGGACCAAAAGGACCAGGCGGUCCUGGUGGUCCACAAGGACCAUUGUCACCUGGUGGGCCAGGAGGGCCAGGAGGGCCAGGUGGUCCAAAUGGUCCUGGUGGUCCAAAUGGACCAACUCCCCCUGGUGGCCCAGGUGAACCUGGUGGACCAGAUGGUCCUGGUGGACCAGGAGGUCCAGGUGGACCUGGGGGCCCAGGAGGUCCAGGUGGUCCUGGUGGACCUAAAGUGCCUGCUCAACCAGGUCAGCCUGGAAAUCCUGAAGGACCUGGCGGUCCUGGUGGGAAUGGUGGCCCAGGAGGACCAGGUGGUCCAGGAGGACCUGGCAGUCCUCAAGGGCCUGGCGGACCUCAUGGACCUGGAGGACCGGGUGGACCUGGUGGCCCAGGAAGUCCUGGUGGCCCAGGUGGACCAAAGGGUCCUGGUGGUCCUGGUGGACCUGGCGGCCCUAAUGGUCCAACCCCUGCGGGAGGUCCUGGGAAACCUGGAGGACCUGGAGGACCUGGUGGGCCAACAGGACCAGGAGGACCAGGUGGGCCAGGAGGUCCUGGUGGUCCAGGAGGGCCAGGUGGGCCCAGAGGCCCUGCUAUUCCUGGUGGACCUGGACAACCUGGGAGUCCUGGAGGUCCUGGUGGACCUAAAGGACCUGGUGGGCCUGGUGGACAAGGUGGACCUAGUGGACCAGGAGGACCAUUAACUCCUGGUGGUCCUGGUGGCUCAAAAGGUCCUGGUGGUCCAGAAGGACCUGGAGGACCUGGUGGGCCUGCUGUACCCAGUGGACCUGGACAGCCUGGUAGUCCUGGGGGACCUGGAGGACCUGGAGGACCUGGUGGACCUGGAGGUGCUGGAGGACCUGGAGGACCGAGUGGACCAGCUGCUCCAAAAGGACCUGGACAGCCUGGAGGUAUGUAACGUAACUAUAUUUAUAACUAAAAUUAUCUUUGUAAUAGGCAAUUCCAGCUUUUAGUUUAUACCUGCAGGGGAUGAUGGGAAGUAAGGUAUCAUAUUUCUGAUUAUGCUGAAAAAUUUCAAUAAAAACUACCGAAACAACCGAAAUAUUUCAAUAUUUACAAGUAUAAGCUAUCACUCCGUGUUUACACGGCCACCAUUUUUAUUUCUUCAGCAUAAUCAGCAAUGUGAUACCUUACUUCCCAUCAUCCCCUGCACGCAUAAACUAAAAGCUGGAAUUGCCUAUAGUUCUUAUUCAGCAGCCCGAAGAAUACUGACAUCUAGAUCUGGCUAUUUGCAAAACUAGGAAUUGGGAGCCGAUUUAUAAACACAAUCAAAUUUUAGGGGGGCUGUCAGAAAAGCAUCAAAGUGCUGUUGCAAUAUUGUUGAGUAUAAAAUGACCAAAGACAUAACUUGUAUUGUUAAAAAUUAAUUACGUUUGUUAGUUCCCUUCAAGCUUUCCCAAGUUAUUUGUUGCAGCAUAGUUCACUGCAUUACAUGCAUAUGAGCAUGUUGCACAUAGCAAGAAAGCACCGACUUCUGGAAUAAACAGUUGCCAGUUUCUUCUCUUGGACUAACAUUAGGUGCCAAACAUGUCCGACUUACAUGGUAAAUGUGUACAUUGAAUCUUGACAUAAUGAGAAAAGAUGACCUUUGCUUUGCUUUGCUUUGCUUUGCUUUGCUUUGCUUUGCUUUGCUUUGCUUUGCAAAGUAUGGGGAAAAGCAUUUCCCCAAAUGGAGAAACGAGUAAAAUGCUCGGCAGUAUUAUAUGUCAAACCACUCAAUAGGAUUUUUAUUAUAUGAUAAACCUGAAAAAGUAGAUUUCAAUGUCUUUUUUGAAGGAUUUGCAUGCGUUUAGCGCUGUAAACGGCGAUGAAAACAAACGUCCUGAAACAGGUUACGAAGUUGCAUACCAAGUUAGCAACAACACACUGACGUCAUUGUUCUUGAAUUUGAUUGGAUAAAAUAUAAAAAACGAAGAAAACCUGUCCAUCAAGUUUCUUAACCAGAUAAAUUUUUAUCUGCCACAAACAAGAAAGGAGUUUUGAGUUGAAUAUAUGAAAUAUGCCGAUUAAAAGUUGUUAAAAAUGUGAAUUAAGUGGAGAAAUAGUACAUAAACACAGAUUUCUUCAACUAUUCAACGUUGUAACCACGAAUUUUGAAAAUAAAUUGUCGAUUCUGCAAGCGAGAAAUGCAGAAAGGCGCAACAAUGACUGACGCUUUGCCGCAUGUGCCAGCCUAAUAUUUUUAUGUCGAAACGGUUCAAUUACUUCACAAAUGUUCAAGUAAGUUGUCAUGAUUUGUUUUCGUUGAAAAACUAUUUCUUGAAAUAAAUUUGGAUGGUUGAGCUUUUGUUUAUAUAAUUUUUCCUGUUGACUGUUUUGCCCAACGAAUUCAAGAAAUAAAUACCUCAAAUUGCUCGCACGUUUUCUGUUUUACUUUUGAAGCUUUAUAGCGUUUUUUAUUACUGAGUUUAAAUGUUCAUAACAUUAUAUUCGAGUCUGGAGUCGCCUUUGACCUAUUAUUUUCCCUUAGUUUGUUUUUCACUCAAAAAUGUCGGAUUUUUGCUUCGUCCUAACCUGAAAAACCUGUUUAGACGAGGGCAAUACGGCUUUUUACAAUGUAAUCCGCUCUCAGAUUUUUCAUGUUCUCAUGACCUUAUUUGGUAAAAUCACGUUAUUGUGAUAUAAUAAAAACUAGUAAAAGUAAAAACUACUAAAUUUUUCAAGCCUUCAUCAGAGUAUCUGGCAAGAGUCAUUACACCUCUAUUUAUAAUUGUAUCGUUUCGCUUGAUUUCAUCUGUUAAUAUGGAGUAACAAGCCAGAAAUUCAGUGUGUUCAUUAGCCCUUGUUUUCAUUAAGGGACCGGUCAUAAAGUAAAAGGGGAGGGGGUGGGCUUGGGAAAAUUAUACAUUUGGUGUCUGCACUUUUGGUAGCCCACCCCUUAAUAGCUGCACGAAAAUUUGUGGCCCACCCUUAAAUGUCUUAAAUUGGUGCUGAAAAAUUAUGACCCACCCUUUCAGAAGACAAAAGAUACCAGCGUUCUAUUUUUCUGUUGCCAAAUAAUUCUGUUACAAUACUCAAUAGCUAUUCAAAUGGUGCAAUUAAAAUUCAGGGCCUCUUUUAAGGAUGUAUAACUGGAGGGGACAUAUUUAGCGGGGGACCUGGAGAUGUUCCAGUCGGCAAGUCUGUAUCACUGCAGCUACCAGCAUAUAUAUAUGCAUGGUUUAACUGAUGAUAAGUAUACGUCAUAGGGCAGCAGAUCAGGCUGUAACUAGGAUUCUGAGACAACCGAGUUGACCACCAAAGGUGCGAGCUUCUAGAGGACCUGCGAGCGUGCCCCCCAGAAGAUGUUGGAUUAGGCCGUUUGCCGUGACCCGAUAUCGUUCACUUUCAUUAAGCAUGUCGUGGAACUGAAAUAUUUUCACGGUAACUAACAUUUUCGAACACACUGAAUUCAAAUCCGAAAAGUUGCCGCUCCGUAGACCCACAGUUUUUUCACAAAUUGCAUUUGUAUUUAUAUUUAUAUAAACACGCGCCAUUUUGAAAUUAAAUAACAUCACUCAGAGUAUGCCGUUUUUGAUCCCCAGUCUCCGAUGCUCAUGACCGAGUUGCGAUUUAGAGCAAUGUUAUUUAAAAAUUUGCUGCAAAACAAACACAGUCACAUGGUUUUAAAAAUGGCUAGUCAGAGUGAUUUUCAGUUUAUUUGCCAGUAAAAUCGCUAAAGAAUGCGAAAUAAAAGUUUAAAUUAUUUAUUUGGCAGAGAAAAGCAAUAAGGUAGGUGUUCUCUGUGUACAUUUUUUGAGUUUGUUUUUUAUUUAUUUUUAUUUUAUUUAAAAUGCUUUGCCAUUACAAACAAUACGAAUUUACAAUACUGACAAUACAUACACUAAUACAUGGCUGGGUUAUCAUCACAGCUCCGUAGGAUAAUAUCCACGGGAGCCAAAUGGCCUAUAGAAGAACAACUAAGUGAUUAAGUGAACAACCAUCACGAUUUAUUCAGGUUAGCUCUCAGACACAUAUAAGGAAAGGAUUAAUUAAGGCCAGUCUGCUUGAAAACUCACAGUAAAAUUGUUCCAUAUCAAGUUUGCUGUUUAUGGGAAUUAUUGUUGGUCAUAAGGUGUAAAGUAAUUUAUAGAAACUGUUAUUCAAAUAUUGAUUUAUCACCCCAUGAAAUGUCAAGAAGGCCAACAAAACCAUGAACAUUUGUUUAGUAUAAAUGAUUAUUAUAUUUGCAUAACCCGCUGCUGACUUAUUUAUUCCAUGCUUUAUUGCAUCUUCAAGAUUUAGACUGUGCUAGAAUAUAUACACACACAAGAAUAUGUAAUAGAAUACAAAUAAGAUUCUGCAUGAAUAGAUUGGGUCUUAACUUGUAUUAAUUCCGUCAAUUACAAGGAAAGAUGUUUGACUGACAGAGAUCAGUCUGGUUUUGAGAUCUACAGUAGCCGCUCAUAUAAGCAGUCCCUAAAUUAGAAUAUCUACCUACAAUCCUGGAAAAAAUUAUUGUGGAUAGUGUGGACAAAAAUACAAAUACCUGCCUUGCCCAAACAUACAUGCAAAAACAGCAUUUUUUAACCGUUGAAAAGCUUCUAGAUCGGUUAGGCGAAAGCUCUGUGACUGAUGGGGGAGAUGAAGAUGCCAACAUGUGUAUGUGAACAGUAAUACUUUAAUCGUUCACACCUGUAAGUGUCCACAGAACUUUUGCCAUGAUUGUAGCCAUAGGUGGAAGCAAAGCUGUGAGUUCAAAAUAUAUUCAACAGCAUUAAUGUUUUGUUGCCCAAUUUUACAAAGUAAUACUUAAUGUGUUGUUAUAUGCUGGGUUUUUUCCAGCUUGACAGUAAACAAGUUGUUUGUUUUGUUUUAUAACCUGUUAGAAAUAAGGAAAAAUACACGAGUCCCAGGCAGCUGUGCUUGGAUCUUAACCCUUUAAAGUAGUUGGAUUGCUCCCCAAUGCACCCUACUUUAUUAGUUUACUCUGUCUAAUGCCAGACAAUUUUACUCGUCAAGUGGAAAAGUGCUGGCGCUCAUGCAAUAGGUUAAACGCCCAAGGCUCUACUAUGCAGUUGAACUAAAUGUGAUCAAUGACAGGCCGCGCUCAGAUUUGUGUACUCUGCCCUGCAUGGGGAAAGCCAUGCACUUACGAAUAAAAAAUAUUUAAUACAAGUUUAGACCUAAUCUAUUCAUGAAUCAUGCAGAAUCUUAUUUGUAUAUCCUAUUACAUAUUCUUGUGUGUAUAUAUUCUAGCACAGUCCAAAUCUUGAAGAUGCAAUAAAGCAUGGAAUAAAUAAGUCAGCAGCAGGUUAUGCAGAUAUAAUAAUCAUUUAUACUAUGCAAAUGUUCAUGGUUUUGUUGGCCUUCUUGACAUUUCAUGGGGUGAUAAAUCAAUAUAAUAAUUCUCAUAAACAGCAAACUCAAUUGAUAUGGAACAAAUUUACUGUGAGUUUUCAAGCAGACUGGCCUUAAUUAAUCCUUUCCUUAUAUGUGUCUGAGAGCUAACCUGAAUAAAUCGUGAUGAUUGUUCACUUAAUCACUUAGUUGUUCUUCUAUAGGCCAUUUAGCCUUAAACAAACUAAAAAAAUAUACACAGAGAGCACCUACCGUAUUGCUUUUCUCUGCCAAAUAAAUAAUUUAAACUUUUAUUUCUCAUUCUUUAGCGAUUUUACUGGCAAAUAAACUGAAAAUCACUCUGACAAGCCAUUUUUAAAACCACGUGACUGUGUUUGUUUUGCAGCAAAUUUAAUAACAUUGCUCUAAAUCUUAACUCGGUCAUGAGCAUCGGAGACUGGGGAGCAAAAACGGCAUACUCUGAGUGAUGUUAUUUAAUUUCAAAAUGGCGCGUGUAAAUUUUUGUUCGUCGAAGAACUAAAAAUAAAGAUGCAAUUUGUGAAAAAACUGCGGGUCUACGGAGCGGCAACUUUUCGGAUUUGAAUUCAGCGUGUUCGAAAAUGUUAGUUACCGUGAAAAUAUUUCAGUUCCACGACAUGCUUAAUGAAAAUCGUUUUCUAGGCAUAUUUUUAGGUCACGGCAAACGGCCUAGAUUUCUUGAAGCUCAGAUAAGCUAUUUCCUGCAUUUUGAGGAGUUUUUUUUUAACAAGAAAUUAACCCUAUUAACAGUGACACAAUUACUACAAUUUCACAGUCUCCCAAAUGUAAUCCAGUCUCAAUUAGGCAACAUGGUGUGAUGAUGCGGUAAUUAAAAUGUGUGUGUGGUAUAGUAUUAUCAUUCACCGGUGAAUGUCACAUGUAUUGGGGUACUUGAAAUCGACGCAUUCGUCUUCUCAGUGUUACUGAAGAGCAAGAUAGGGUGGUCUCUUUGGAAUAUCUUUGCUUGGAAAAACUAAACUAGAAUUUCAUUCUAAAACUAAAAUGCCAUUUUAUGCCUUUCUCCACAAGCAAAUUAUUUCAGUCAUGGUUUAGGUUUCUGGCGAUAUGUUUAAUUAAAUUUCCGUCCCCAAAUUCUGGCCUACUGAGUCAAUUGACUCGGUUGACUCAUAGCUAGAUGAUGGUCAAAUUCAGAAAUAUUAACAACGUUUUUUCACUUUGAUACAUAAUUGCUGGUUGACAACCUACUGCAGGUAGUUCCUAGGGACCUCACUGGGGGGGGGGGUAUAAUUGCCGACUGGAGCAGCCAGUAAGAGGGCUGGGGGGACAUGUCCUCACCAGUCUAUAUGUUAAAAGAGGCCCUGAAUUAAAUACAGAAAGGUCUUUCUCUGCAUGGAACUUCCCAUGCAUACUACAUUAUGCAGCAUCUUUCUCAUAAUUAGAGACCUUUAGUUUGACAUUUACAGCUAACGCCAAACCGCUAACGAUAAUUGUGAUUUAACUAUGCUCUUGUGGAAAUUACACUAAUUUUGUUACAUAAUAAACAUCCUACACCAAGCUCGUGACAUUUAGCAAUAAUGAUUAUCAGAAAAUUAGUUAGCCACUACUAACGUAUUAGCCAAGAUAGUAAAUUCAGCUUUUAAGUUUGAGGUCAACGUUUUCGGUAUAAAUUUUACACAUAGAUCCAGAUACGUUAUUUCUAUUUUUAUAAUACGAAUUUUAAUAAACAUGCCCCUAAAAAUUUCUGCAUAUUUUUACAUGGUCCACCCUUAUGAUUCCACUUAACUUUCGAUGACCCACCCCUUCAACCGUGCUCAAAAAUAGUGACCCACCCCCCUAUUUUUCCCAGCCCGCCCCCUUUACAUUAUGACCAGUCCCUAAGAAUGGAAUGUAAAGCCUGUAAGAAAAUCCUUUGUUCGUAGUUCUUUAUUCCCUUUCCUAGUAUUAUAGCGUCUGAUUUUGCAGCGUCAUAUCCAGUGCAUUCAAUGUGUUCCUUUAUUGUCGAAAAAAUCCUCUUUCUAACUCCCGGUUUGUGUUCUAGCCACCUUGUCACCCGUAUAAAAAAACGCAACCUCGGAAUUUCCCAAGAAAUCGACAUUGUUUUAAGGACAAAAUAUUUUAGGUGCCUGGGAAUUUAAAAUAGCACAACUGUCAAAAUUACUGCACACGCGAGUGCAUAAAGCAAAAUUUAUGCAUUUAUUUAUGCCUGCAUGGUUCACACUGGUCGUAAGAAUCUGGAAUUUCCAUUGUUUGUGGUCAUUGGUGAGUGAAAUGCUUUGUCAGUCGGAAAAGAAUGCAAUAGAUCGCCAAUGAAUUACGAAUCAGUGUGAACCAGGCUUUAAUGACACUUACAAGUACAGUACAACGACAGUAAGUACAGUACAACAACGGUAAUACAAGUACAGUACAACAACAGUAAUAUGAUCUAUUAGCAAUUCGAUUUCAGUUCCCGGAGGCCUAAAAUCUUUUGUGCUUAAUAAUUGCAAAGUUUAUUUCUUGGGAAAUUCCGAGGUUGCGUUUUUUUAUACAUCUCUGCAUUUGUAUUUGUUCACAAUAGCUUUUGUUCUGUCUUCUAACGUCUUACCUUGGGCUUGCGAAAAAUAUUCCCUUAAGUUAGUAUUGCUUUAAACGCGACCCGAACUCCUGCAUUGGUUGAAAUACUCUGAAACUCCGUUAACAUAUAAGGAAGGCAUGUAGAACCACGAAUUUCAUACUCAGCAUUUUUGUUUGUCUGAUGGUUGUUCGUAACAACUUUAACAGUGAAACGCUUUUGAUAUCCAUUUAAUUUUAAUGUUACAAUCAUAUUUUCGGUCUCUUGGGCUUGCAAUGCAGAAUUCGUUGGGAUAGUUUUUGCGCGAUCUAAUAAUGUUUUUACUAUACAGCUCAUUCACAUGGCUAUGUGAUUUAUAUAAUAAAUAUUUGUCCGUGUGAGAACUUUUUCGAAAUACGCUAUUAUUACAACACUGCCAGAUGUUGUGGUUAUAAUUUCGGUAUCCAGAAACGCUAUGGUUUGCUGAUUCUCUCUAACAACAGGCAUUUCAAGCGUGAAUUGUACAUGUAUAUGUGGGUUGAUAGAAUUUGAAUUUAGAUGAUUAUGAAAUAUUGAAAUGUCCGAUUGUUCUACAUAUCUUUUCCACCACCGUACCAGAACGGGAGAUGUCUGCAGGGCAGUUGCAUGCUUCUAUUGUUUGAUUGCAAAUAAAACUGGCAACUAAUUCUUUAGAGUUCCUAACUAACUCUAAUUCUUUAGAGUUCCUAACUAACUCUAAUUCUUUAGAGUUCCUAACUAACUAAUUCUUUAGAGUUCCUAACAUUGUACAAGUAUUUUAGAAUGCGUGCGAAAUAUUUGGAGAUUUCAUACGUUGGAGACCCAAUUGAACUAUUUAUUGGUCUAAGAGAAACUUCUGUGCCUGCGUCUAUUAUAGAAUGAUCAUUUUGCUAAAGGAACCUUAUAUAUCUUUGGCAACCGUAAAACGCCGCCGGAUAGGAAUAAAAUGGUCUCAGUUUUUUGUACUCAUUAUCUGUUGAAAAACCAGUGUCUUUUAAUUUUAAUAAACGUUCUUGUAACUCUGUCUCGGUUUUUGAUGUUGUAUUGCGUCUUUUAUCUGUUUCUGGAUACCGAAAUUAUAACCGCAACAUCUGGUAGUAUUAAAUGAUAACGUAUUUCGAAAAAGUUCUCACACGAACAAAUAUUUAUUAUACAAAUCACAUAGCCAUGUGAAUGACAAGAAAGCUGUAGUAAAAACAUUAUUAGAUCGUGCAAAAACUAUCCCAACGAAUUCUGUAUUGCAAGCCCAUGAGACCGAAAAUGUGAUUGAAACAUUAAAAUUAAAUGGAUAUCAAAAGUGAUUCACUGUUAAAGUUGUUACGAACAACCGUCAGACAAAAAAAAUGCUGAGUAUAGACCCUUUUCAUAAAUGGCUGCCGAUUAAAAAGUCUUUUAUGUGCAUAUAAAUUGGCCCAAUUAGCCUCGUUUCUGGGUAGAAAUUCUUUUGAAAUCUUAACAUGAGUACGAGGCUAUAGUUGGGCCAAUUUAUAUGCACAUAAAAUAAUUUUUAAUCGGCAGCCAUUUAUGAAAAGGGUCUAUGAAAUUCGUGGUUCGACAUGCCUUCCUUACAUGUUAACGGAGUUUCAGAAAAAGGAAAAAGUAUUUUAACCAAUGCAGAAGUUCGGGUCGCGUUCAAACCAAUACUAACUUUAAGGAAUAUUUUUUGCAAGCCCAAAGUAAGACCGUUAGAAGACAGAACAAAAGCUAUUGUAUACAAAUACAAAUGCAGAGAAUCGAAGAGAUGUUGGGCGACAAGGUGGCUAGAACACAAACCGGGAGUUGGAACUGAGAGGAUUUUUCGUCAAUAAAGGAACACACUGAAUACACUGGACAUGACAUGACGCUGCAAAAUCAUGAAGACGCUAUAGUAUUAGAAAAUGGAAUAAAGAAUUACGAACAAAGGAUUUUCUUAGAGGCUUUACAUUCCAUUCUUAAUGAAAACAAGGCUAAUGAACACACUGAAUUUCCAGCAUGUUAUUCCAUGAAAUCAAACUGGCGAUAUGACAUGAACCGGCGAUAGACACUAUAAAUAGAGGUGUAAUGACUCUUGCCAUAUACUCUGAUGAAGGCUUGCAGCUUGCAGCCGAAAAUUUAGUAGUUUUUAUUUUACUAGUUUUUAUUUUAAAUAAAAUGUUUUUAACUAGAUCAACUACAAACCUUAGAAAAUGUAUCAUAUAUAUUAAUAUAUAUAUAAUAUAUAACUACAAAUAUUUAACUGCAAAUGCCAAAGGCCCGCUCGGCAGUAGCCUGCUCGCAGGCCGUUGUCAGGCAGAGGCUGCAUGGGAGGAACGGCCUGCGACCUUUAUUAGUAAAAAGUCGAUUUAUGCGUACGGAGCGUACGCAAAAUUCCCAUUGGUCAGAAGUACCCCAUGAGUUAAUAUCGUGCAAAUAUUUAACUCGUACGACAUUUCGCAAUGUAAUUUUAAAGCUGGCAUUCAAUCAGUGGCGUAUAAAACCAUGACUUUGUUUAUCUCUUCGAAGAUGAGUAACUGAAUGUAUUCGAGAAACCUUUCAAUUUAAAUUAACGUCGAAGGAUGAGCGAAUUAAGGUUAGCAAUAUUAACUGUACUUCCAACGGGAUUUGAUAAAAGUUUACAUGUAAUAUACCGAUACUUUGUCUUCGUCAGCUAUAAUAAUAAACCUUUUCCAAAGAAGUACAAGGGAAAACUUCGACGUAUGCCUUGCUGAUCUUUGCAGAGAGAGUAAAAUAAGUCUAGUUCAGGCUGACAAUUUAUCUAACCUCGUUUGCAUCACUUGCGGUUUCAAACGUUGAACAACUUAAGGUUAGCCCAGCGAGACGUUCGUUGAGACACAGGCAGUGAAUCAGCUAGUAUAAAGCAGUUGAUUGUCAAAUGCCUCCGAACAUUUCUCCCAAAUACUUCCCUGUCAACCCAAGGCUUUCUGCCUAAACAAUCUGGCCUUGAAUAAGUCAAGACAAUGGGCAAAUUUAUAUUAAAACAGACGCCGUCGAGGAAAGUCGUUCUUAGAACACCUGGCCAAUUUGAAUUUACACCUGGAAAUUUUGCAAUAGUCGUUUGCGUGUUUUUUGACCGAAAUCCGCUCUCUCUUUGAGACUUUAUUUUUGGGAGUCUCAACUAGUGACAUAUAUUAUUACAACAAGAGCUUUUUACAAAAAAAAAUGUAGUUAUUAAACACGGCAGAAUCGAUGCCACGGCCACGGGUUUUCAAAUUGUCUAUUGUCUAUUGAGUUAAUUGUAUUAUCAGUUGAGCAAAUGACAGACUUCACGCAAUAAUGAUUAAUGUUGUUUUUUAGCCUGCUAUUGUUCGACACUUUUAAUAAAUAGUGUUUGUUACUUUGUUCAAAACCUAAAUAGGUUUCCUUAAAUCUUACAGUUAUAUUUUGGAUAUAAAUAGAUAAAAUACAUUAACUAAUUGAGAGUAAAAUUUUACGUCUCUGUAGUAUAGUUACAUAAUUUAAAACGGCAAUGUACGAACAAGACAGCAAUAUACAAACGGGACUAUGUUUUAAAUAUUAGAACACUUUAGGGGAAAAACGAUCAUGAAUUAUUUUAGAUUAAAGUUUAGACCUUGGAAUUCUAGUGAAAGAUACAGGCGUAAAAUUGCGCGAGAAACUGUUUGUUGUUGUUGUUAAUAACCUCUGGUAAUCUAAUUAACAAAACUUGCUUUGAUUGGCUACUAUUUACCGGAUAUUCAAUUAUCUCAAAGGGGGCGUAUUGAAAAAAUAUCAAUAAAAGUCGCAGGCUCUAUAUAAUAGAGCCUGUGAGCAGGCUAGCUCGGCAGAUGAAACAUGAAUAGGCCUACUUAUAGAACAAAAUAGCCCACCACCACCGAAAGUAAAUUUUUUUUAUUAAAAGUAAACUAAAUUUUCGGCUGCAUGCCGCAACCUUCGUCAGAAUUAUUGCGGCAUGCAGCCGAAAAUUUAGAAUUUAGUUUACUGUUAAUAAAAAAAAUCUAAAUAUAUAUAUAUAUAUAUAUAUAUAUAUAUACAUGUUAAGUUGUGUAAUUGUACACUCCAUAAUAUGUUAAGAUGAAAAUGUUCUAGAGUGUGUAUUAUAUAAUUUCCAUACCCAGCGCAAGCAGAAAGACGUUGUCUGCCGCGGCUGGGUCUUGAACCCGCGACCUUAUAUUUCAUAAUUUCCAGUCUUAAAUCCGUCUGACCGUGUAGCUCAGUUGGUAGAGUGUCGAUCUAGUAAUUCCAAAAUCUCGACAUUUAAAAUGAUAGCUAAAUACAUGAGCUCGUACUUAAAACAAGCUCAAAAAAGGUUGAGAAAGUAGGGGUAAUUAGUAGCUACAAACUAUUGUUGAAUUUCAAGGAUUAUUUUCGGAAUAUUAACAAACAUUGUGCAUAUAUUUAAAAAGUCGCCUGUCAUUUUCAUGUUCAAAACUACGAGCAAAAUGAGGAAAUUUAGAAAUUUUACCGUAUGUGUCAGCAGUUUCCAAGAGUCUUUGUAUGUAAUCCAGAACCAGAAUAAGGCCAUUUUAAUAAGCUUUUUUCCUUUAAAUACUGUUCGCUUUUAAUACUUAAAAACGGCCAUUGAUUUUCGCGCUCUUCCGCGCUUGUUGCUACUCGUAGGCUAUCACUAAUAGAAUAGUAUAAUAGUAUAAUACGAAACAUGAUAGCCUACUAGUAGUUUCAUACUAACUUUAGGAAAGCAUGAAGGCCGUUAAGAGGAUCAUGACAAAUUUUUAAUAAUGCAUAGAUAGGGUAAUGCAGGGCAAAAUGAGACACCUAAGGACAUUUACUGUUGUAGAAUGGAAGGCAUAGCAAUUUGAAUUUUCUUUUUGACUUGGGUAUGUGAGGUUGACUCACAGCAAGAUAUGUAAAGCAAAAAAAAAUGUUUGAAAUAAUUUAUUUGCGAUAAAUCGAGGAAAACCUAGCAGUGGUAAUUGUCUCAUCUUGCCCCGGCACAGUGAGGCAAAAUGAGACAGGGCUAAAAAUUAAAAAUAAAGUCAAUAUAAUUAUACUUAUUUUAAUAGAACUUUAGAAUUAAUUAUAAAAUACAUGUUUCAAAUCAUUUUUAAGUUUAAUGUCACACACACACAGGUCACACUGGCUGCGGUAACAGUACAACGUUCUUCGUGACACCAUUGUUUGCAUUGUGAACAAGUCAUCCAUCCUCGUUAGGCAUUGACUUUGACCAACGUUCACCACAAAAAGAUAAAUUUUUUGCCUACCAUUGACUCGGCGAUUUAAUCCCUCUAGGCAUGUCUGCAGUCUCAACUGCAGAGAUGGCAAGACGGAUUUGAACCUCGCCCAUUGCCCUGCAUUACCCUAAGUUAUGUUUUCAGUUGUCGAUAUUUCACGUUUUCUCAAUAAUAUUUAAACAACAUUCUACUAACCCAAAGAGGCUCUAUUUUUAAUAUUAAAAUAUUAAAAUAUUUUUCCCGUAACUACCAUAUGCUUAUAGAAUACUCUUCAUCACAGAAAAAGCUCUAUGGUCCAGGAAAGGACCAAAUUUAAAAAGAAUAUUUCACAAUAUUUCACAAUAUUUAAUCGAGAUAGUCAGGAAACUGCUGGGCGAAUUUCAAAGCAUUCUAAAUGAGCUACGAUUCAGACGCCCUCCUGUUCCACAAAUCUUUUCAACUUUUGCUUCUUAAUAUUAAAUUAACAACAGUAAGUUUGUGUCAUUUGGCGAUGUUAUUGGAUGAUUAAUUGGUUCAACCUUCCAAAUAUUGUUUUCACCGUGCACACGUUAACAUAAACAUGAACAUGAACAUGAACAUGAACAUGAACAUGAACAUGAACAUGAACAUGAACAUGAACAUGAACAUGAACAUGAACAUGAACAUGAACAUGAACAUGAACAGAAAGAUACAAUAAAGAUUUUGGCCGAGUUUCCUUACUAUCAUAUCUCAAUUGAUUAUCGUUCACAAGUACUGACUAAAAUUACCAGCACCAUGGACUUUUUCAGUUUGUGAAGAAAAUUAAGAGGAAAAUCUAUUUAUUUUCUCAGGAACAUUCUCCUUGGUAAUUUAUACUGUAUUCUUUUUUUAGGACCUAAAGGACCAGGUGGACCUGGUGGACCAGGAGGGCCAAACGGGCCUGGUGGACCAGGUGGACCAGGAGGGCCUGGUGCACCUGGUGGUCCUGGGGGGCCAGGAGGCCCUAAUGGACCUGGCGGACCUGGUGGUAAAGGAGGUCCUGGCACUCCUGGGAAACCUGGUGGCCCCAACGGCCCAGGGGGUCCCGGGGGCCCCGGAGGGCCUGGAGGAUCGACACCUCCAGGUGGCCCUGGUGAGCCAGGAGGCCCUGGUGGUCCAGGGGGCCCCGGAGGUAAAGGUGGACCUGGAGGCCCAGGAGGACCUGGUGGACCUGGAGGACCUGUUGUUCCAAGUGGACCUGGCCAGCCAGGAUCACCAAAAGGACCUGGGGGUCCUGGUGGCCCUGGCGGACCAGGAGGUGCUGGUGGCCCUGGCGGUCCUGGAGGACCUGGUGGCCCUGGAAAACCUGGUGGUCCUGGGAGCCCAGGAGGGCCUGGGGGACCGAAUGGGCCUGGUGGACCUAAUGGACCAGGCGGUCCAGGUGGGCAAACACCACCUGGUGGUCCUGGUCAACCUGGAGGACCUCUCGGUCCUGGUGGUCCAGGUGGCCCUGGAGGCCCUGGAGGACCAAGUGGCCCAGGUGGACCUGGUGGUAAAACUCCACCUGGAGGGCCAGGACAACCUGGAGGUCCACAGGGGCCUGGAGGACCAGGUGGACCUGGUGGACCGAAUGGACCUGGUGGUCCCGGAGGACCAAAUGGACCUUUAAGCCCAGGAGGACCUGGAGGCCCAGGUGGUCCGGGUGGACCAAAUGGUCCAGGUGGACCAGGUGGAAAAACACCACCUGGAGGUCCAGGAAAGCCUGGCGGACCUGGUGGACCAGGAGGACCUGGAGGUCCUGGUGGACCUGGUGGGCCUGGAGGCCCUGGUGGACCCGGAGGGAAAACACCACCGGGUGGUCCUGGAAAUCCUGGCGGGCCAGGAGGCCCUGGUGGGCCUACAGGUCCAGGUGGGCCGGGGGGCCCAGGUGGUCCUGGUGGACCAGGUGGCCCUGGUGGACCUGGCGGACCACAAGGACCUGGAGGCCCUGGUUCCCAAGGAGGUCCUGGCGGCCCAGGGGGACCUGGAGGUCCAGGCGGUCCAGGUGGUCCAGGUGGUAAAACACCACCUGGAGGUCCUGGAGAAGCUGGAGGACCUUUAGGCCCCGGUGGCCCUGGUGGGCCUGGAGGACCUGGAGGACCAAGUGGUCCGGGAGGUCCAGGUGGACCCGGAAAACCUAGCGGACCUGGGGAACCUGGUGGCCCUGGUGGUCCAGGUGGACCGAAAGGGCCUGGAGGCAUAGGUGGGCCCAAUGGACCUCUCAGUCCUGGUGGACCUGGCGGUCCAAAAGGACCUGGAGGUCCAGGAGGCCCUGGAGGAGCUGGAGGGCCUAGUGUUCCUGGAGUUCCUGGACAGCCUGGACAACCUGGUGGAGCUGGUGGACCAGGGGGUCCUGGUGGACCUGGAGGACCUGGUGGACCUGGUGGACCUGGAGGAACAACUGUACCAGCAAAACCUGGAGGUAUGUAGAAUACUAUUUAUGUUUAAUUUUUGCGAACAUAUCAUGCAAUAUUUUGGAAUCUCCAGUAUCACUUUAAUGUAAAAUCUAAUUUUUACAGUCUUUUUCAAUAUGGUAUAAAUAAGGAAUGUCACCUUGAUUUGAAACAUUUGUGGUGAACAAUGGUGUUGUGCUAUACUGCAAUUUUAUUCCAUUGUAACGACCAUUAGGAAGUGGCAUUUUGUUUGAUUAGCUCAUUUGGUACUUUUUUGCAACUCUUCCUUAAUUCAAGUUCUGUUUGCACUUGGAUGUGAUUACUUUUGCUGCGAUUUUAAGUGCGAUUUUUUCUGCUCACGUGAUGGCGACAUGAAAUCGCCAGUGUAAAUACCCUGCGAUCUAAACGCAAUUCCAGCGCAACUCCACAGCGACAAGCUGAAAAUAUUUCGAUCGUGAUCGAUAUUUAUCGCCACUCGUGCGAUUUGUCAAAAGAUGUGAGCAAAAUACGACUGUGCUACCUCUCUAUGGCAGGCACUGUCACCUUCAAUAAAGGCGUUUAUCAAAGCCAAGUAACAUAAACUUAUAAAUUAAUAUUGACAAUCCUUCACUUUCACGCUGUUUUUAAAAGCAAUAUUGCGCAGGUAAAUCUACUAUAUAAAUGCAGUUAACUAACAAUAACAUAUGUAGAUAGGGAAAUUACCUGUUUCCGAUUUGCUAUCGAGAGAAAAUAGCGCAAUAACAACAUAAAAACCGAGAUAAAAACGAAGUACAACGAGCUACCGCAAUACUAUAGUAUAGUAUUGCGUUCACUUUGGUCUUUGUCUUUGUACUAACUUUAGAACAAAACCUGGUGUUUUUAUUCGUUUGUGUGCGAAUGGUAGUUCAACACAGAAAGUUCCAGACCCAUUUUGCAUGAAAUAAGUCCCGUCCUUGGCUUUUAUACACUGUAUUUUUAUAGAAUAAACUAAAACAGGCGACGAACAGUCGGGAAUUUUUUUCUACAGCCACUCACUUGUAAGAAAACAGCCGUAAACAACCCAAUUAGAACGAAAUCUUUGUAUUGCUUGCAAACUUGAGUCAUGUAUUGAAAAUUUAACUCAGUAUACAAGCCAGUAAAAUGGGAAAAUCGCUUCAAAUUGCAGUGUUGUCACACCAAAGUUGCAUUCAAAAUCGCAGGAUGUUUACAUUGGAGAUUUCAAAAAAUCGCCGUAGAAAUCGCAGUGAAAAUUGCAAGUGUAAACAGGCCAUAAUGGUACUUUACUGAAUCUUUCACAAUUGAUUUCAUGUCUGCUUUUCUUGUAGGACCUGGACAACCAAAUGGCCCUGGCGGGCCUGGUGGACCCGGUGGUCCCGGCGGACCAGGUGGACCUGGUGGCCCUGGUGGAAAUGGUGGACCAGGUGGGCCUGGAGGACCUGGUGGACCAAAAGGUCCAAAUGGUCCAGGUGGACCUGGAGGACCAGGAUCACCAGGAGGUCCUGGUGGGCCAGGAGGACCCGGUGGUCCAAAUGGUCCUGCAGCACCCAGUGGACCUGGAAAACCUGGAAACCCUGGAGCACCUGGUGGUCCGGGUGGUCCAGGUGGACCUGGUGGUCCAGGAGGACCUGUUGUACCCUCUGGUCCGGGCCAACCUGGUAGUCCAGGAGGGCCUGGGGGUCCUGGAGGACCUGGUGGCCCUGGAGGGCCGGGUGGUCCUGGUGGGCCAGGAAAACCUGGCAGUCCAGGCCAACCAGAAGGUCCAGGAGGUCCAGGUGGCCCUGGUGGGCCAGGUGGUCCUGGAGCGACAGGGAAACCUGAAACACCAUCUGCUCCAGCACAACCUGGUAAUCCUGGGGGACCACUAGGACCUGGUGGACCUGGAGGACCUGGUGGUCCAGGUGGUCCAGGAGGGCCUGGAGGACCUGGUGGUAAGACACCACCUGGAGGACCCGGACAACCUGGUGGACCCCAAGGACCAGGAGGUCCUGGUGGCCCUGGCGGUCCAAAAGGACCAGGUGGCCCUGGUGGUCCACACGGACCAUUGUCGCCCGGUGGACCAGGAGGACCAGGCGGUCCAGGCGGUCCAAGUGGUCCUGGUGGUCCAAAUGGACCGACUCCUCCUGGAGGCCCAGGUAAACCUGGUGGACCAGAUGGACCUGGUGGUCCAGGAGGUCCAGGUGGACCUGGGGGCCCUGGAGGUCCAGGUGGCCCAGGUGGGCCUAAAGUGCCUGCUCAACCUGGUCAGCCUGGAAGUCCUGAAGGUCCUGGUGGUCCUGGUGGGAAUGGUGGACCUGGAGGACCAGGUGGUCCAGGAGGACCUGGUGGUCCUACAGGGCCUGGUGGACCUCAUGGACCUGGAGGACCGGGUGGACCUGGUGGCCCAGGAGGUCCUGAUGGCCCAGGUGGACCAAAGGGUCCUGGUGGUCCUGGUGGACCUGGUGGCCCUAACGGUCCAACCCCGGCAGGAGGUCCUGGGAAACCUGGAGGACCUGGAGGACCUGGCGGUCCAACAGGACCAGGAGGACCAGGUGGGCCAGGAGGUCCCGGUGGUCCAGGAGGACCAGGUGGAUCUGGAGGUCCUGCUAUUCCUGGUGGACCUGGACAACCCGGGAGUCCUGGAGGUCCUGGUGGACCAAAAGGACCUGGUGGGCCUGGUGGACAAGGUGGACCUAGUGGACCAGGUGGACCAUUAACUCCUGGUGGUCCUGGUGGCCCAAAAGGUCCUGGUGGUCCAGGAGGACCUGGAGGACCUGGUGGGCCUGCUGUACCCAGUGGACCUGGACAACCUGGUAGUCCUGGGGGACCUGGUGGACCUGGAGGUGCUGGUGGACCUGGAGGUCCUGGAGGACCUGGAGGACCGAAUGGGCCAGGUGCUCCAAAAGGACCUGGAAAGCCUGGAG